GCAUUAAAACCAGCAUCCAGCCGGCCUAUCCCGGGGUGUGACGUCAGGACGCAGCACUACGUGUAGGCAAGUAGGAGAAACCAAAAAAAAGGGGAUUUUUUUUCCUUUCUGUCCAUCUCCAUUUCCAAUAUGGAUGUACAGAUCCCAGGGAUGCCCGGGGCCACCGUGCAGGGGGUGCUGGGAGAUGGGCGAGCUGGGAGAGGACCCCUCACAAGAUACCUAGACAUGGCAAGGGCAGGGUUGGGGGAGCUGGGCAUGACAUGGUUAAUAACAGGCUCCAUUCUCCUGUGUGGAUAACAUCUCACUGCACUGACAGCGGCUUACAGCAUCUCACUGCACUGACAGCAGCAUCCCAGGCACUGGCAGCGUCAUAUUCACUGCAUCCCAGGCACUGACAGCAUACUGCUCCAACACUAUCCAAACCACUGUCAGUCCAGCAUCCUUCACUGCAUCUCGCGCACUGCCAGCACCCUCCCACACUGCAUCUCGCGCACUGCCAGCACACUCUCAUUGCAUCUCGCGCACUGCCAGCACCCUCCCACACUCUCACUGCAUCUCGCGCACUGCCAGCACCCUCCCACACUCUCACUGCAUCUCGCGCACUGCCAGCACACUCUCACUGCAUCUCGCGCACUGCCAGCACCCUCCCACACUCUCACUGCAUCUCGCGCACUGCCAGCACACUAUCACUGCAUCUCGCGCACUGCCAGCACACUCCCACACUCUCACUGCAUCUCGCGCACUGCCAGCACACUCUCACUGCAUCUCGCGCACUGCCAGCACCUUCCUUCAUUCUCACUGCAGAAUUAUCCACAAUCACUGCAUGUCACUAUCUCACUAAUGACACCCAGUGCUGAACCAGAAUCCCAAUCAGCCACCAGCUUCCCUCCAGUGCCAACAUGUUUCUUUACUCUCCACAUCCCAAGACAUGAUAAACAUCUUCUAACCACAUGCCACUGCUAGACACGCUCCCACUGCCUGAAUCUUAGAGCGCUCCCAGCACUCACACCAUGGCUUUCCUUAUAUCCAUAGCUUCCCUCCCUACUGCCACCCACAGCUUCCCACACUGCUGUCACAAUCUAUCAGGGCUACUUUUCAUUUCCCAGCCUCUAUCUAGGGGGCUCCAAUGCCAUCAUCUUCCAUUUUUAUACCUGAACCGUUCCCAUUUCAGUGCACUUCACUCUCUCUACUCUGGUACCCAACUACAUCCUCAGCAUCACUGCAUCCCAAGCUCCCAGCGCACUCUCAGCAUCUCUAACACUUCAUUGUCAACAUUGACAGUCCCAAAAUAGCAGGUACUCCUGGAUUCCCAGCGCUCAGCCAGCAUAUUACUGCAACUCCUUAACUCACAGCUUCCAGAAAUCCUGCCGACACCUCAACAUAACCCAGGAAACCCAGAAUCCUGCUACACAAUCCCAAGAUCAUCGAGCAUUCUCUCAAGAGAAUCUUCAGCUUCCUUCUCAGAACAUCUUCACAACAUCUUCCAACUCGAGGACUCAGCAAUGCAGUCAUGUGUGUCUUCGCUUCUCUCUUCGCUUAUCUCUUCUAUAUAGUCCAUUAUAUAAUGGUCCAUUGCUCAAUCCAGAAGACAAAUUUGAACUUGAACAAAAUUCGGCUUCCAAAAUUGUUCAAAUCACUUUUUGUGGAUCUAGAUGAUUUUCUUUACGUGGUUAAGCCAUUGCCACGACUGCAAAACAAACCCUGCCAGGUAUGUGCAGCUUCCUAUUUAAUUGUCCAUUUCAGAAAAAAAAUUAAAAUAAUAUUAAAGGAAAAUAUGGUUAGUGGCUGGUUAGAGAGGCUGGAUCCAAAACAUACAGCCACCUGCCAGAUAUUUCCAAGUUUAAAGGAUGUUCUGAUGGGUUUUACUGACUGCUUGAAAGGUUUUUUUCUCUCCCUGUCUUGGAGUUAAAUGGGAUCUCAUAAGUUAUCCCUGUGCCAUUGAGAUAGGGGUAACUAAUAGGCGUGUAUAAAAAGAAAAAUAGAUCAUGCAGUGCCUACACAAAAGAUAUCAAUGCACUCUGGACAAUGAAUGGAGAAUUUCUCUUAGGAUUUCUGCACACGUCUACAACAGCUUGGACUGCUCUGAGAACCACAAUUGAAUCCCAGACACCAUCUUUUGAGAGCUGUGUGAAAAUAAGUAUAAGACAUCAAAUUAUUACAACUAAGUUAAGUGAGGGCUUCUCUCCCUCCCCCUCACCAGUCCUAUUCCUCCUAAUUCAGCCACCCUCCCAUCACUCCCUCCCCCCCAUUUCCCUUCCUUACACACUCAUGCUAUAUAUCUCAUCCUAUGUAUUGCUGGGGGAUCACACAAGUCUACUCAACUCAAGUUUUUUUCCAAAGGAUUUAGACCAAAAUGAAAAUCCAACCAUUAUAUAUGAAGAUAAUCUACAGGAUUUCCACUGCAGGACGUAUAAUGGGAGCAAAGGAGGAUAUACCAAGCCAACAAUUCGACAAGAACAAGUAAGUCAUUAUUUUUUUUCUUUUAACUCCGUUAAUAAUAUUACUGAAAUAAGCAUAUGGCUAUACACAUAUACCCCUUCCUCGCUUCUAUUCUACAGCCAAGACGUCAAAACAAGAGACUUGAUUAUUCUCCUGUGAAUAUCCUUUCCCAGUUCUAAAAAUAAACCAGCAUCUUUUUAAAUAGAUUUACUUUAUGUAUCGCUUAAUUAUGUAGAGAUGUCAACAAAUCAGCUAAUUUUUUUAAUUUUAAAAUAUUCAAUACCAUGCUAACAGCAGCAACCUAUAUAGGAAAAAAAUGUUACUUUUUAAUUUAACCACAAAGUUCUCUCACCUCCUGCACAAAUAUAGAAUGUGCACACACACACAAACACACAUACAAUAAUAUGCACAAAAUAAAUAUUAAAUAUAUAUUAUGUGUAUAUUUUUUCAUAUGCGUAUAUAUAUAGACACAAACAAUUAUAUAUAUAUAUAUAUAUAUAUAUAUAUAUAUAUAUAUAUAGUAUGUGUAUGUGUGUGUAUAUAUAUAUAUAUAAUAUGCACAUACAAUAAUAUAUAUGUAUAUAUAUAAAUAUAUAUACAUAUAUUUUAAAAUAUACACAUAAUGUAUAUAUAUAUAUAUUUAAUUCAUACAUAUAUAAAACACGCCCAGACUAUAUAAUGAAUGUUCUAUAGGGCUAUUCUUCUAUAUAAUUACACAGACACACACACUCAGUGCCUGUAUAACAUGCUGUGUGUGCCCACCUCCUGUCUGUCUUUUUAGUCUGCUCCCUGCACUAAUGAUCUAUUCUUCUUGCUAUCACAAGACAAACUUCAUAACCAAACGUUUGCCACCUAAGACAAACAGUUGCUGGAUUGUUGUGAAUCCCUGGGAAAAUGCCCUGAGUCCAUAGAGAGCACAUCCAAUUCAUGGCAGACCCUCUGCCUCAAGAGACCUCUAUCCCCUCAGACAUAAUUGUCAUGCUAAUUAGACAAACUCUGAACUUGAUUUUGAAUUCCCUCUCUAUUUUGGCUGGGGUUUUUUUCUGUGGGAAAAAAAAAAUUCUAGUCUACAGUGUGAAAUUAAUUAAUCAGGCUUUUCCAGAAGCCGGCACACAAAGGAUGUAUUUUAUUAGGCUUAACUUUAUUUUUUUUUUUUUUUAAACUAACCCUCUUUUCUAACCUUGAGUUCUGCAGAGCAGCAUGCUCAUAUUAUUAGUUAGGGAUCUGCAGUAAGUAUACAUUAGCUUUUAGAUUACACAUUGAACAUUGUCUACACAGAGAGAAUUUGCAUUUCUUUCAGUAUAAUAUAUUUUGCCGUUCUGGGUUUAUUUUCCGCUAUAUAUUACUAAGAUAUAUUUUAAUUAUAUCUUUUUGACUCUAUUUUUUAUUUUUUUUUGUAUUUCUUUCCCCACAUCAUUAAAAUGAAUAAAAUAGGUAGAUAUAUAGAUAGAUAAAUAGUGCACUUGUAUAAUGGAAUAUAUUAAGAUUAUGCAAGGGUAUAUUCCCAGUUAGAACAUUUACCAGAAUAUUGGUAAUGCUAUAUUUAGUAAAUGGGUUUAUAUACCAUUUUAAUAUAUUUAAAGACCUAUAUAUUAACGUCAGACUGUGGGAUAAAGAAUUCAUGUUUAUUAGUGUGUACCUAAAUUCUGCUUUGUUUGUUUUUAACAAACGUAAAAUAAUGUUAUUUUGAGAACCGAAUUUUAAGAAGGAAUUCAAAAUUGUUGAAUUUUUUUUAUAUGAUCCUAUUUAGCUGUAUUACCAAUUAUACUUUUGUUAUCCUAAAUGUCGACAAUUCUCUUCCCAAUUCCAUGUUUAGCUAUUUAGUGAAUAGUGUUUGCAUGCAUGUCUGUUUAUGUGUAUAUAUAAAUGUAUUAUUUUAUUUUGUGGGUUGGGCCCUAAUCCAACAUAACCACCGCUGUUUAAAAUAAAAUACAUUCAGAAUACAUUGAAUACUGGGAUGCUGGUAAUAUUGUGCUUGUUAUCGUUCAUGCGUUUAUGUCUUUCUUACUUACACCUUACGUUAUAACUUGUUUAAUGUCCAUUUUUUGUUGUUGUUGCAUAAAACAGCCAGGAUUAGCAGUAAAAAAACAGGAGGCCUAAUUAACCCUUCAACGACCCUCUAUAAUGCGAGCAAUCUGCCAGAAUGAGCCUGCCACGUGCUUUGUUGUCCUUGGGAUAUUGUGGGUGUUGUGUGUGUUGUGUUGUGUUGUGUUUAGAUUAGUGUAACAGUGGUUUGUUCUCAGGGAAGGAUUGAGGUCAUUGUGCUUGUGUGAAAGGAGAAAGGCCUGUUUGUGAACGUGAAAGGGUUUAACUGUGGACCAUGCACAGGGAGAAAGUGAUACUAAUUAUAAACAGUUAUCUUAUUAACUGAGAUAGGAACAUUUCGCCACAGUGAGCCCACAUGUCUAAAUUAUUCGACGAGAAGAAGAGAAUUUCGGAUCCUAUAUUAUGUAUCUUAUUUCUGUACGUAGAAUGGAAGAACAAUGAUUGACAGGGCUAGGUUAACCCUUGCGUUAUACAGAGGCACGGUGGAAUGUUAUCACUUCGCCCUGCACACAGCUCAGGAUAUCAUUUGCUGAGUGUGUCUAUCGAUGUGAGAUGGAGUGUACACUCUGCUCAUCACACACACACAUGGAGGCCGGACCUUCAAUACUGUCUUCUCCUUUUACACAGGUACAUCAUUACAUAAACAGAAUAUCGUGUACACGAGGUGCCAGUGACAACUUACAGGCACAGGUAAGUCGGUUUUAUCGUUUAUUUUUCAAGUCUGUCAAUGUAUCAAUGUACUGUAAGAGAUAUAUAUAUACACACACACAUACAUACAAACACACAUAUAUCACAAAUAUUUUCGAAGAUACAAAAUAACCACUAACAGUGCACAGCUAUUUGAACAUAGGUCUCCCUUGCCCCAUUUAUUUGUUUAUAUGUGCACUUAUACUAUGUUUUUUUUUCUCUGCCUGUCAAAGGAUAUGUGUAUGUAUAGUAUGUAUGUGUAGUAUAAAUGUAUGUAUAGUAUACCUGGAUAUAUAGCAUUUAUGUGUAGGUGGAAGUAUAUGUAUGUUUGAAUGUAUAAUAUGUAUGUGUAGUGUGCAUAUUGUAGUAUAUUAUAUAUUAAUAGUGUUUGUAUAAUACAUUUUAAUAUAAAUAUAUAUUUAUGUAUAGUCCAUAUGUAUAGUAUGUAUAGCAUAGUGAAGUAUAAUAUGUAGGUAUAUUAUGGUUUAGUAUGUAUGUAUAAUAUAUAUGCAUUGUAUAGUAGUAUGCCUACUAUUGUAUAGUCUAUAUCACUUGUAGUCAACCUGCUUAGCAGAUCUAGGAGAAUAGACUUUCACUGAAGAGGACACUGGAGGUCUGCUAGGAGGGCCUUUCUAUGUGACGUCAUGCCAUGCUGUGCCUGUAGCAUUGAACAUAAUGGUGGGUGUCCUAUUAUGAAAUGCCAGCCUUUACAUGGCACGCUAUGACUGUCAGUGGAGAUUAUAUAAAGUCAGGAUAUUGCUGUAGAAAUAAAGGAUGCAAAAGUGGCCAUGCAGAUUUAGAAAUAGGAUGUGUCAUUGUGUCAUGGUGCUGAACCAAUAGGCAUUUAAAUAAAUGCAAUAUCUUUUGUGUCAUUUCACAUGUCUUUUUCGAGAAAAUGUGUCUGAAUAUGUAUGUAAAUUUUGACACAAUUCAUAGGGUGGGACUGGUGUCCUUACGCGAGAGUGCAGGUUGGGGUGUAGAAAACCAAAGCUCAUCUUUAAUAAAUAUUGUGAUUCAAUUCUUAAAGAUAGGACUGUGUUUCUAUUAACCUAAAUUCUGUCACAGAAAAAAAACAAGCACCCUUUAAUUAUAAGGCCAAAAGAUGAAAAAAACAAAAACUGAUGGUUCUUACUAGUACACUAAUCACAAUGUAUUUUGUACAUUUUUCCUAAUUUGCACUAUUCUACAAUUCUUAUGUGUCUGUGUGUGACAGUGUGCACACAUACAACACAGUGUUUUUAUUCGGAAUGUUUGUUUUUGUCGUCACACCUGAACCUUGCUUUCUAAUUUUACAGUGCACACAGAUGACAGUGGUCCUUUUUUAUGUCAUUAGAUUUACUUAGAUAACAGUCAGGUAUUUUUCUUUAUUCAGCCAUAUGUGGGUGUUUUAUAGAACCUCUAACAUAAUGUCUGUUUGUAUAUAUCAUUUAUAUAAGCUUCAACAUAAUAUUAGCAUCUUUUACUUAAGUUCAAACAUACUCUGCAGUUUUACAUGGAUGCAGGUUCUAUUAGGGCCUUGCUUUUCAGCUAAUAUAGUCAAUGACAGAUUUGGAUAGCCAAAUAGGGGCUGAUAUUAUUAUUACGUAUAAUAAUUAUUACGACAUACGUACAUAGGAUGACAGAUCACAAGAGAGACAGAAAUACACAGUGGAGAUAAUUUAGUAAAUUAAAUUUUGCAGAAAAUUCGCCAUGAUAUACAUUUCCUCAAACAUAGUAAAAUAUUUGUAAUUUCCAUAUGGUUACCCUUACUGAUACGUGCACUCAAUUCACAUUAGAAAGAGUGUAUACAGCCUUCGUAGAACUCCAAUGUCUCAUAUAUUAUAUAAAGGCGCAGUUUAUUACAUAGCAGAUUUUUUGGGGCUUAUUUGCAUUUCCGUGAAAAAUCUGUCAGGUAAAUAUGCAUAUGCAGAUUUUUUAUUACGCUGCCUUCACAAUGUGGUAUGUGUGUUAAACAAGGCUAUCACAAUAUGCAGACUAAAAACUAAUAAACUGUGUCUUGUUAAUUGUAAGGCUUAUAGCGUAAGGUAGUGAAUUUCAAUUGUGAUUAAGAAUACAUUUAUUUUUCUCAUUGGUCUAAAAAGAAAUCAACAAAUAUACAAAAUUGAUAGUUCCAUCCUCUUAUUACAAAUCUUUAGAUAAUAGGUAAUAGAUGCUUGGUAGAUUGUUGUGCAAAAAUUAGGAAUUUUAAAAUACAAUUUUAUGCUAAAUUCUAUGAUCAGAGUUGAUAAUUGGAUAUUUAACCAUAAAAUUUGCCUAUAUUAUUGUUUUGCCUCAGUCUAUAGAUGUAGUUCUGUAAUAUGAUAUAAUACAAUAGAGAAUCAUUUUCUAUAAAUAAAGGUCAGAUUGUUUAAGUAUCACUUUUGAAUUGGACACAAACCUAACUGAAGGUAUUUCUGUGGUCUCAGAAUUCUGUGUACUCUAGUCUUUAAAGAUAUUAACUUAAACCAUCUUUAAUAAAAUGUACUGCAUGUGCAAAAAACGUAUAUGUUGAUAGCACUUUAUGUGGAUGAUGUACAAAGAUCUUAAAGUGGAGCAGUGAGCAGGAACAUUCCAUUGGUUUCCAUGGUGACUGCUCCACAUUCAGCAUAGUGCCUCUGAAUUGUUCUUCAUACAUAUGGUGUGAAACAUCAUGCAAAACGUAAGUAAGGCUACACUGUACCUGGGAAAUUGCUCCUAUACUAUAUAUGAAGGCAUUAUUUGUAUAGGCAUCAAAGAUUUGCCCAAGGUACUGCAUAGGGACAUUGUGCAGGAGAAAUCACUUUAAUGUGAUCUGAGUGUUGCAAAAAAGCAAAAGCUGGAUUAACCCAUUAUGGACCAGUGAUGGCCCAUGUCGCCAUGACAAUCUGGCCCCUAGAGACCACACACUGACAUGGCAUGUCCUAGCCAUUUAGCUUUAGCCGGGUUCUACAGAGCUGAUGAUGGUAAACAAGUAAGACAUUCCAUGCGGGCAUAGGGUCUGCACAGAUCAGAUUGUGGUAAUGGCAUAUAUUGUUACAGUUUCUUAAAAGGUUAAAACUCGCAGCUUCCUCCCAGCAAAGACGCAGAUGUACCAUGUGUAUGUAAUGUGUAGAAUUGCCAUUAUGUCAAAGGAUGUUGAAGAAAAAUAAUGCAAUAUUAUAUUGGAUCCAGGCCUAAGGUAUAUGUUUUAUAAACAUUAUUUAUUAAUGUUGUGGUCUAAUAUUUUAUAUUGUCAGGAAAAAAAUAAGAUUUAAAUUAAUUCAGAUUUCGAAUUUCUUUGAAUUUAUAGAUUUAUUUGGCUACAGAGACAAUAAUGUGCAAAUACAAUUCACAAUCAUUGUAAUUCUAAUUAUUGAUGCUUGCAGUGUAUUUUGUCCAUAGCUGUCCAGUCAAAAGGCACAAACAAUAAAUACAUUUUAUAAUAGGUACAUUUUCAGUGUAAGUCUCUCCUAAGAUGUUUGCCUUGACAUGGCAGGUGAGCUUACACUUAAAUGGCCAUUGGCGGGAUACCAAAAACCUUCAAUUAUUUAAAUAUGCACAGGGAUUUGGGAUAGUGCGCAGGUAAAUUUUUUUUUUUUAUUAUUACAUUUUAGAAAGGUUAUAAAAAAAGACAAAGACAAAAAAAUAAUAUAAAUAUCUAUAAGACGCUGUUAGAUUGUUAGGCUUAGAUAUAAAACCGACUUGCAGUACAAGUAAUCUGCACUAUGGCUCAUAUAUGAAAGUAUGAUUAAUGGGUACCUCCAAUCUCGUGGACUAAGAAUGUACCCCUGUAGAUAGAAUACCAGGGUUACCAAAACCAAAUGACACUACAACUCUCAUUUACAGAGUGCCAGUAGGAAACCAAAGCUAUUUAGUACUGCCUGUGCUGACCCCCUAGUAUGCCAGGGUGAUGCUCAGUUUCAUUAACGUUAGUGACCCCAAUUAAAAAUGGCUUCCCUGUCCUCCUAAAAGUAACAUUAUUUUAAAAAUGUUAAUUAAAUGGAGAUUACAAUUGGUGUAGAUGGAAGAUUUUAUUUUGGAUGGGGUGAGCUGAAACACACGUAACAAUAUCGCCAAUAUAUAAUCUUCUGAAAUCGUUAUAGUACUAUUAAUUUUCUCACAUUUCUAUAUGUUCCUACCAAAUCCAGGAAAAAGGUUUGCGCUGAUUUCUUUUGAAAUCAGAUUGGUCCUCAUUUCCCUCAUCCCUUUAUAACGUUAGCCUUUAUAAUCUCUACUGAGGGGCACUUUGUGAUGCUGAAAAUCUAAUGCUGCAAGCCAUUUUGUUAUUGGACAUUCACUCGGCUACUGUGUACUAUUAAAUAUAAUGUUUUCUUCAACAGAAAAGCAUAAAAUAAUGAUUUGCAAUGUAUGACAAUAGUGAACAUAGAGUAAGAGGCCUGAUGUUAUUAAUAAAGCACGAAUACACUUUAAACAACGUUCUGACAUUUCUGUGUCAUCCCCUACUGCCAUACUAAAUAAUAUUGUAAAAUAUUAGCCACAUCUGUACUGCUCCUUAUUUUCUGACUUGCGUGCAGUGAAAAAAAAUGGGCGUUUUUUUCUCGCUCUUUAAAAUGUAAAGGAUUUGUGUAUUUCUGGUCGUAGUCAGAUUUCUCAAAUAAUAUAGGCAUGUGCCCAAAGUAGUAACCACUGAGUAAUAUUAUGACAAAUGCCUUAAGACUGACAGGGCAUCAUGGGAAAUGUUAUGAGACUGGUUGAGCAACAUUAUAUAGUUCAAAAUCAUCUUGGCUGCAAAAAUUUAGCCCUCACUGGUAAUUUUUUAGUAAGAUUAUACUUGGAAACAAAAUCACAGAUUUUAGUUUUUGUAUUGAUUAAUUAAUUAAUUGAUUUAUUUUUAUGCUGAAUUCUAAUUUGGAGUUCUGUAGUCCAUAUACAACACACAGUAACAUCGUAUUUACUUUGCUGGGGUGUUUUAUAUUUUAUAUAUAUUGGACUAAGACUUCCAAAGGUCACAUGGCUCGCGAAACAAAAGCUGUAUAUCAAACCAUAUAAUAAGGCUAUAAUAUUAAUUAGAUCAUCGUACUGUGGGCAAAUGAGUAGAUUAGAUUUCAUGAAAUAUAAAAAAAUAAAUAUUUUUAAGUUACAGGAGAUGGACCCAUGCAUUUAAAAACUCACCCUCCCAAAACAAACAAUUUCUACAACGGUGGAUUUUAUUUACUAGAAAUGCAUGCACAUUUACAUCCCUAGAUGUAGAGAAUGAUAUUUCCGUUGUUAUUUUAACAUCUGCAGCUUAAGAUUUGCAUUUUGGCUACAGUCAGGUGAAAUGACAACGGGAUGUAAGCAUUUACAGUAGGCAUAUGUGGGUGAUUCCCAUUUGCAUAUUUGCAGCAGGCACAGUUAAGUUAAGAACGUUGAUAGCAGAAUUUGCAUGGGUGCAUAUAAUAUGCACAAAUGGAACGAGCUCAGUUAUAUACAAUAUUUGGAAGUGGCUCUAAAUUUUUGCUUGAUUCAUAGAUCAGGACCAUGGAAAGAGCACAGUACUUUAUCUAGCUAGUCUGGAAUCCUCACAAACUUUUUUAUUUUUUUUAUUUCUGCCAGUGGUGUGUGCAGUCCUAAUGAAAAGUUUCUAAAGCAAAUAUUCUGUUUCCCUUUUUAAUCUGCGUGAAAGCAAACAGCAACAUCCUUUUCUAGUAAUUCUAAACAUCACAACCUCCAUCACCAAUGAAGUGGCAUUCUGAAGUAUGAAAAAGCACACAGAGCCUCAAUAGUACACAGCUAACUGAAUAAAAUGACUUUCAUACAAUAGAUUGUAUUGCUGUUUGCUUUUACCACUGUCUAUGUCAUACAUUCCUUGCUGACUAUGCAUUGAUGCCUCUCUGUUGUGAACUCUGAGCCAGAACAUCCCACACAAUGUCUGUAAUGAAACUGGGUAAUGUGAUGUUGAUUAGGAUACAUCAAUCAGGAGAAUGAAAAGGAAAGCAGAGUUGUGUGUAAGAGUUAUGGCCAAUGUGUGUUAUUUUCUGCUGAUUAGCAUUUAUAACAUGAUUGUCCCCGAUGUUGCCCAAGGACUAAUGUCCUGUAAUUCUAGAAUAUGGUCUUCUAAACCCAUUCCUAAAGGAUUACCAACACACCUGGUUCUCAGUUUGGCAUACUGCAUGCAAAUCAUUUAGACCUAUUGUUUGGCUAAUUUCAUUUUUUUUUUUUUUAUAAACCUUGGAGAAUUCUGGCAUCACAUAACCAUCUAUAACUAUCUAUCUAUCGAAAGAACUACGUUAAUCUUUAUCAGAAAUACAAAUACUGCAUAAUUUUCAUCGUUAAUAUUAUUGGCAUUCAGAUAAUGCCAACACAAGCAGUAGCGUUUCACAAUUUUAAUGUGAGGCUUCAACAGAAAACAACCAAGAAACAAACUAUAAGUGUUAACAAGAAACAAGAGGUAAUUGAAGACCCUGCUCAACUGACAAAAUUGCUAAUUUUUUAGUUUUUUGAAGAAGACGUUUGAUCACCUCUUACCCCCAAAUUAGCAUCCAACACAAUUUUGAUGUUGUCAGUUAGUCGUAUCAGCCAAAAUUACAAUGUUACUAUAUUUUAAGUGCAGACAUUUUCUAUAGGCAGUACAGUCUUGUAGCCAUGGCAGCAAUCUAGCCAUUAACAACUUGUUCAUGCUGGUUGUCUAUGUAAUAUUAUAUAUUUAUCCAUUGCUCACGCUGUGUGUCCAUGUAAUCAGCAAUAACAGGGUGCAUAGAAAAUGAAGAGACACAGUGUAUUAAUGUCCAUUAUUUUUCUCCAUGUUUUGAGUGCUGUUACUCAGAGGGAAAGAACACACACUGAGAGUGGAUGGUGCCCUCUGCAACUCUUAAAAUGUUCUUAGACAUAAACUGUGACAUAGUAAGUGAGUAGCUGGCUCAAUAUGUGUGAUAAUAUAAAUAUGAAUAAAAGGCUUAUCUGUAAAUAGGGAAGUGAUCACUACUAAAUUGUAAUCUCCGUGUCUACCUAUACUCAUAACCCAGCUCUUACCUACCAUAUAUUUGUUUUAAUGAAAUACCCUUGUUAAAACAUUUCCUUUUUUUUCGGAGUUCCUUUUUUGCGUUAAAAAAAACCGCUCAAAAUCCACUUGAUUCUUCUGAAUACAAUGCACUUUUACCUUUACCUCAUCACUUCCUGUUCCGUUACACAAAGCCUGUCUUCCCACUGUCUUCUCAAUUACUUGUAAGAUUUGUUCUCCCACUGUACAGUGCUACAGAAUAUGUGUUUAAAAUAAAGGAUAUUUAUUACAGAGCUUAGAACAUGUAGACAAAAUAUGAAAUCAAAAGGAAUGCACUCAUUUUUUUCAUAUAUUGAACUUUAUUUUUUAACACGUCUUCAAAUUAUGCCUUGUUUAUACGUAGCAACAGCCAUUCAGGUAUGUGAUAGUAAGAUCAUCAAGGGGGUAAAUAAAAAUAUGAGAAUAUGCAAGAUGGAAAAGGUUUAACCUCUUAUUGACUGUAGACUGUAGUCAGUCCACAUAGUCAUUUCUUUUUUUCUAUCCCAUAAUAGAAUGUCCAGUCAUAUAAAAUAACAGUAGGGAUAUAUAGAGCUGCUAAAUACGAAGGAUGUUCUAUGCCAUAUUAAGAUCUAUAACAAUCAUAUGUGAAUGGUAAAAACGUGUCAUUGGUCCUUAAGUGGUUAGGGAAGAAUUGAAGGAUUAGGAAACACUAUUUGUACAAACCUCAUGUUGUGCAUUGUGAUUCUAGAUGAAUAGGAGAAUUAAUGCAGAAUUAUUCUGUAUGACCCUGCUGUUGGUAAAAAUUAUUGAACAUUCUAUUUUGGAUUACAAUUCUUAAAGAGUUACUUGAACCCUUUUUUAAUAAGUUUAUCUUAUUUUGUAAUGCCCUAUUGGGCACUAGUAGUGUGUCCGCCCACCUUUCUAUAAGUAAAAAGCCUGUAAAAAAAAACCCAUCAAAUUUACUGAUAAUCCAGCGUUGGUAUAAUCACUCCUUUGCUCUCAGUGGUCCAAUCUGAUUUCAUUGGACCGAUCUCCAGGCUUAAAGCGCAUGUACACGCUGUGAACCACGGAGGGGAGGGAGAGAGAAGGAAGUGGGCAAGGGAGGGGAUUUAAAUUUUUUUUUUUUUAAAUUAACUUUCAAUGUAGGGAGGUGAAGAAGGAGAGCACCAAGGGAGGGAGGGAUGGGAGGUCUAGGUUUCUGCUUGCAAGCGCAAAGCCUGCAAGGGUAGAAGCCGAUUAUGUCUGUCGCCAGUGCACUAGCAGAAAUGCUGCACUUCUAAAAGCAGGAGUGGUCAUGGAGGCUGAAGUAACGCUUUACAAAAUAUUGCUAUGAUGACAUUGACUGUCUUCAGUCCAUGAAAGGUUAGACCAGCUCCAUCUCUCAGGUUAGACCAGCUCCAUCUCCAUCUGGUCCACAUUGCUGGGUUCUGUACCCUUUGUUAGAUGUCUGAAAAAACACUUAACACCUGCUCCCCUCUCAAUUUUCAUUGGUUCCGAGAAAUUAGAUGGGGGUACAGGUAACUGGUUAACAGCAUAAUUUAAGAUCUUUCUUAACAUGAACAAGUUCUCAAUUCCCCAAUAUGCUAGAUCAGGGAUAGGCAACCUUCGGCACUCCAGCUGUUGUGGACUACAUCCCCCAUAAAGUUCUUACACACAUAAUGCUGGCAAAGCAUCAUGGGAGGUGUAGUCCAAAACAUCUGCAGUGCCAAAGGCUGUCUAUGCCUGUGCUAGAUUAUACUAUGAAAACAACCGUGAAACAAAGAUAAAUCUGAAACUAAUUUUAAUAUGUUUUACUAUUUAAAGCCACACUUCACUGCUCAUUCAAUGACAGCAAUUAAGUAAAAGACAGAGUUCUGAGCCCAGCUCCAUUGCAUUCUGUUUAGCUGGUUUCUGACACUUUAACAUGUAAAUGUUCUGUUACCUCGACCAAGGUUUAGGGCUUGACAUGUAAAGUUCUCACUAUCUAUGAAAGCUGUUUUGGGUGAUUUAAAGAGUUUACCUCUAAAAAGGGGUUGAUUACUUUUUGGAGACAUGGGAAGUAUUAAUAUGACAUCAGGCUUUCAGUGACGCUGAUUAAGUAUAAAGAGCGCUAAAAUCUACACCAUGAAUUAGACUCUGCCCCCCAAUGUAUUGGGCUCUGCCCACUCAACCCCAGAUCUAAUGAGAUAUCAUGUUUAACACUAUAAACCUAUAGAUAUACUGUACAUACUAGGGAAGCAACAAGCACUUUAACCCAAUAGGAGACAUCAGAAAUUCUUUUAAACUAGAGUAAGCAUUUCCAAGGGGUCUCUAGCCAGAAAAUGACAUGAUUAGUUGUUCAGCCUUUCAGUAGGAUCUCCAACCAUCAAUAAGUGAGAAGGACACUGCAGAACUAACCGUGAAAGGCACAACAUGUUUUUUCUUUCUUCAAAUCCACAUUUAUUAUUAAUCUUUCCCACGGCAAUCAAUGCAUUUUUGUAUUGCAAUAAAAACUAGGAGGUGCUGUCCCAAUGGACAAACCUCAGUGCUUUAUUAUAAAUGGAAAGUAAUGCCAUUAAAAUAAAUGGCUUUCAUUUAAAUUUGAACACUUGGAAAAAUUCACAUAACAUUGGUAAACGCAUAAGAUUUACCUGGUUUGGUUACUGACCCAUUCAAAAAUUCGAAACCAAAACGGUUUUCAGCCAAUCGGCAGGUAGAAUUGAAAACACAGUCACUUACUAGACAAUACAGAGAAGAAAAUAAAAUAAUGUCUGCCAUGGUGUGCUACAAAAAUAGGUAAAUGGUGUAACAUUUACACAAAUAUUACAAGUUCUGUAAAUUCUGUAACUUAAAUCUUUCAUCAUCAGCUCUCCCUAUUCAUCAUCUACAACUCAACAUCAUAAAAUAAAUUCUCUAAGAGCAAAGAUACCUACUGCAUGAAACCUAACUUUCACUGCUUAUCUGCUUGCAAUCACUCAUUCAGAGCCUGCAGGAGAUUAUAGGUCUAAUGGACAAAUGGUCCUCACCCAUUGGUGGGUUCCACCAACCUGACUACUACUGGUACACUCUACAAAUCCAACAUCGGCAACAAUACAUUCCCAUGGUAUCAGAAUUACUGUGUGUCUCUUCCCUCCAAGCCCCCCUCUUUUCCUUUUGGUUGGGUACUUGACCAUAUAUAUCAUUAGAUCCCUUGCUUUUUUCACACUGGGACCAGUGGGUGGCAUCCAGUCACAGGGAUUUUUUCCAUCUCGUGUUCUUUGUGUGCGCAUUCUUACACCUUUUUUCUUUUUUUUUUGUACCCUUGAACAAAACUGAAAAACUCAAUUCAUUUUAAAGUUUGUUUCUAUUAAACAUCAUAAUUUUGAAUUAGGUUGUGACUAUAACAUUGUUGUUUUAAGCGACUUCUCCUACAAACACAUAAUUCUAAAUAAACACAAUCCAUUCAUCGUAUUCCUUCCUUUGUUUGUCAGGAGUCUUGUUUUUUUCCUCCUCUUGUUUUUUUUUUUUUUAAACAUUUUAUUUUUGUUUAUGCUAUAAAUUGGGAAUUUUUGAGUUUGUAGGCCCAGACCCUUAUCCUGUUUUUUGUUGUUGUUGUUUUUUUUAAUUAUUGUGUUUUUGUCUAAGACUUGCUACCUUUUCAAAUGGAAAGUUCCCUCUUAAACUUGUCUGUGUGUGACUCUAAGGCUCAGCAAAUUCCUUAUUUAAGUUCAUAGACGCUCCACGGAGCUGCUGGCUGACACAGAUACAUCCUAUGGAAACAAUACAUUCAGAAGCUAUUGUUUAUGUUUAGCCAUGCCCUUUGAGCACAUGAAGAGAAUCUCCACUCCUUUCAGUAAAAAAUAACAUAAGUCUCUUCUCUAUUGUCCAUUUGAAGAAUAAGUUAGGGUCACAUACAGGCCUAUACUUAUACACUUUGGCCUUCAGCACAAUUCAUUAUCUUCACAUUUCAUGACCACAAUAAAUACAAUUCUGUCAUUAUUUCCUCAGCUCAUACUUUCUAGCAAGCCGCACUUCAUAAAUCUAAUUUUUUUCAAAUUUAUAUUUUGGGUUGCAGUAAGUUAUCAAGUAAAAUAUAUUGUUUAUAUUGUAUAACAGCAAUCAAUGUAUUGAACGCCUACUAAAAGAUUACACAUAUCUGACACUAAAGUUUAAAAUCUGAUAUAAGCAUGUAACAAACAUUUGACUGCAAAAUAAUGGUCAGAUAAAGAAAUCAUUUUAAAAAAAAGUUGUUUGGUGUAUUAUUUUAUAAAUUCUAGUUAUUAACAUUUGGCUUCGAACUAAAAAAAAAAGAAUCCUUACUUUGCUCUGUUUUUGCAUUUCACUUUUAUCACCUGUCAUUUUUGUCUUCUUUAUAGACACAAGAUUUUUACCCAGAACACCACUUUUUUAACCCCUUAAGGGAUGCAGUAAGGACAAGAAAUACAGAUGGCUUAAUAUUAGCCUUCCCACAAUUCUACAAAUAUAUGUGUUCAAGCCAUGCCCACUUUGUUAUUAAAUGUUAGGUGGCAUCGGUAAUCAUUGUGCACAGGGGUUAUUAGCUUUUUCACACACAUUUACAUUCAGCGGUUUUAACCUCUGAGUCUAUAUUUUACGGUAUAGGUGACAUAUUACUACAUAAAUUCAUGGGACUUCCAGGUGUUCUAGCCCCUUCUUAUAUUAUGUAUGUUUACUAGAUUUCAGAUGAAAUGUUCAUUCAUUUAAAAUUUUAGUAUAGCACCCUUUUUGUAUGGUAUUUUUUAACUAGUUAUGAUCCAAGAGCCACAUUACCUAAAUAUAAUUUUGAACAUGUCUACACAGAGCUUAAAACUUUCAAUUGUAGAAUUGAGAGUAGCUUAUUAUUUUACUAUGUAUGGCCCAAUUCCAGCUCUCUCACAAUAUUGCACUAUUUAAUCUACAGCCCUCUACUACCUAGAUUUACUAGUAAUGUGUGUACAUAUUAUAUACACACACAUAUCAGCAGUUUAGCAUUUAGAACAUUUCCCCAGACUUGUUCUUUGUAUAUAAACACUGAAUAAGUGCUUCUUAACGGAACAACCAAAAAAUGACUUUUACCCUGUAUGCUUUAAAACUGUUAAAAUGUUUAUACUUUUCUGAUUUGUGUAUUCUCUAAUGCAGUAUUAUUCUCCAUAAAGAUAUUUUUCUUGAUAUCCAGAUUAUAGCAGUUAUUUUUUAAGAUCCUAGAAUAUUUAAAGAGACCCUGUAUUUUAGUCAACAUUUGCGUGAGAUGUAUAUAUGAACCUAAAAAUACAAGUUAGUGGGAAGAGUCUUACACUAAUAUUAAUCCAAGGGGUAUAUUCAGUAUACAGUGGCACUUUAUUUGGCAAUCUACAUAAUUUAAGCAAAAAUAGUAAUUUGUUUGUUUACAAUGGACAUUAUGCAUGUCUGUACAAAACUAUAAAUGCAUUUGUAUUAAUUCAAAUGUUUGAAUACAGAAACAAAAGACAUAUUCUACAAAUCAUAUACUUCUUUAUAUAUAUAUAUAUAUAUAUAUAUAUAUUUAUAUAUAUAAAUUCACCUUUUCAAUGUCUGUGUGUGUGUUUUUUUUUUCUUUUUAAUCCAUACUACGUUGAACCUGUCUAGCAUUUUCUUAUAAUGGCGCCCAGUCUUUCCCAUUAUUUUAUUAAGUAUUUUGAGUGCCAGUUUUUUCUAUAUGUGCAUGUAACUUCAUAAAAAGGCAUAAUCAUUUUAAUGUGUGUAGAUUGAAAGUAAUACAUAAACAUGCAAAUGAGCCUGCGUAUUAUAAUAAUAAUAAUAAUAAUAUAUAUAUAUAUAUAUAUAUAUAUAUAUAUAUAAUAUCUUUAUACAGCCAUCAGUCUUGGAGUAUGCUAGCCAUGCAUCAGGGAAUAUAUUUGCUGUUGCUUGAUGCAUGGUGCUAUGUUGGUGGAAUGACCUCUAGCCUCUGUCUGGGUUACCCUGCUCAGAAUGGGGUCUUUUAUUCAAUGCUCCCCCAGCUCAGCAUUAUUCCCAAAGCCUCUUUUCAUACCCAGACUUUCCCAUCUUCCAAAAACACAGAGAAGGAAAAAGAAGGACUCGUCCUCUGAUCUCCCAGAGAAAUGUUUUAUCAGUUUGAUGGAGAUGUUCCUAGAAUAGACCCGAAUACCCAUGCCUCUUCUCUGGCACAUUGGACAUAAAAAAAGGGUGUGAAGUGUUAUGUUAAUGUUAAAGGGCUGUUGGGGAUGGCAGGAGGAGGGUUAACGUCUCAGGGUCACUCGGAUUUUCCAAAUGAAUCCACAUUCAUGGAAAAACAUCCUCCUUUCUCUCAUCUGGCCAGGCAAAGCACUCAAACGGCAACUUUGUCAACAACCAAAUUACGAUAAGGUAGUUAUAAAAUUAAUUUUAUUUUUUGCUCUGUACAAUUGCUAUAGAUUACUAUCUGUUUUAUAAGAUUAUAAGAUUUCUUUUAACAGCGUAAUUUUGUUUGUUUAAGUUUAAAAAGUAGCAGUGUCAUGUGGCCAAAACAGUUUUUUUAGGAGGACACUUAAUAUAAUAAUAAUAAUAGUUAUCAAUGUUCAAUUAAUUAAAUUAUUCAGAUAAUAUAUAUUAUUUAUUUAUUUAUUUUUUCUUUACAUUUUGUUUUGUUUGUUUUUUUAAUUCCCAAAUUUACAUGAAAAUCUGUUUACAUUGAAUGAAUCUGAGUUUUUUUUUGUUUGUUUUUGUUUCUGUGAAUGGAGAAGUAAUCAAGAUUAUAAUGUUGAAUAAAUGAAUUGCAGUAUUAUAUGAGUAGAUUCUUUAUAUACUUAUUUACACCCAUUAUACAUUCAUUUACAAUUUUAUAGAGGUAAAUAAUCUAUUAACUGCAUGGUCAUAGAAGCUAUGUAUAGGAGCCUAUGAUAAAUUACAAAUGUGUAAAAUGAAUAAAUAUAUAUAUUUUAAAAAGCAUGCAGUCUUUUCAAAUCCUUUUAGAGGAUUUAGCUUCACACUGUCACUGAUAUGGUUAAUUUGAUUAAUUUGUAUUAUUUUAUUUUUUUAACGAAAGCUAUAUAUAUUAAAGCAGCUGUGCUUUUUAAUGAUUAUGUUUGAAACUGACUUUAAUAAUAAUAAUAAUAAUAAUAAUAAUAAUAAUGGGAUUUCUGUAGAGUGAUGAGUCCCUUUGAUAAGUGAUGAAUAGGAUGACUGGCCUGGAUGUUAGUAAAUAGGAUUAUCCCCCUCUUAUGGUUAAGUGUAUGGACAUUUAUUUCAUUGUCAUUGUCUUAGAUGUUUGUCACUUACAGUGGCUGUUCAAAAACACUUGGAGAUGACAAUAAGCUAAUUAGUUUAUUGUAAGCAGGAGGCUUCUUUGUUAAUGCAGGUAAUGAGUGAUAAGCGAUUGGUUGAGGAGGUAAUUGCUAGAAGUCUAAAAUAAUAUAAACAACAUUUUCAAACAGGUCGUGCCAGCUUUUCGGGACUUCAGUUCUCGUUAUACCUAAUGUUAACCUGCCUGUGGGUUAUGACUAGACUUCACAGGACCAGACAUUCUGUCUGUGAUAUAUUGAAGCAAAGGGGAAUAAGGAAGUUUAAUCCGUGGGUGGCAUUUGGGUAUGUGUGAGUGUAUUAAUGCACAAAGCAACACACUUGAGAGCGUGGGAGGAAGAUAUAAGGGGUGUAGCCAAUGAUAAUCAAUAAAAUAAGAAAAACGAUGGAUCUCUAGAAUUUACAUGCAGGUGGAAGAACCAGGCGCAGACUAGCCAAAUGGGCCUUGUGACCCAGCAACCAUUUUCUAAUGUAACUCAGUAUGAGGUAACUGGAGAAAAAGCUGUCUCUGAAUGCAGGUCCAGGAUAUGAUAUGAUAUUUGGUGCUUGGAUUAAACGUGAACAACUAAGGAGAUCCCCGUUCUCUGUGCACUGGGUCACAUUGGGUGCUGUACAGGUCCUAGUACCUAGAGUUAAGGAUCAAUUGAAUUGUAGAAAAUAGGGUCACCAAGGGCCCCUAAAGUUAUGUUGCUGUUUAAUAAAAAAAUAUUUUGGCCUCAUUUUGUUGUUUACAAAAAGAGUUCAGUGAAUAAACAUAUAAAAUGUACUACUUGGGGUAUAUUUUUGUCCUACGCUUUCCUGCCUAGAAUGAAAAGUUUAUUGGGGGCGGGGCAUGGGAUGUGGCAUAUGUAAACAUUCUUACAGUUUACAAUGAUUACUAAGGCACAGUUUUAUUAUAUAUUUUAAGUGUAGAAUGGAUGAAGUAGUAAUAUGUGUCCCAUAACAAACAAUGAUAAUAAGGCAAUUGUAUAAAAAGUGACGUAUCAUAACCUUUAGAUUAUAAACUCAUUGUUCACGUAUGUCCUACAUGUUUUGUUAGGAUUCAGUGUUUGUCUUCUUUACCUAUUGUACAGCUCUGCAGAAUAUGUGGGCGCUAUAUAAAUUAUUGCAAUUGUAAUGAUUACAGUACAGGAAUUUUAGUCCAUUCUAUGCACAGAAUCAUCAUCAUAUCAAGUUGUAUUGUUGUAUUUGCCGUAACAUUUUGUGCAUGCGCAUUUAUUUAAUCCUUUCCACCAGCAGAAAUGGAUUCCUGGUCUUUGAAUCGGUUUCUUUCUUUGGUUACCUAGCUGUAUGAGUAUUCCAAAUGUCAUAAAGCUAGACAACCGAACGUAUAAAUCGAUUCCUUCUUCUUCUCAAUGGUCCAACAUCAAGAACACCAGUGGAAUCUUAUCUUCAAGCAACAUAUAGAGAAUGGCAUAGAUGGUGUUAAGGACACAGACUGUCCAGACUCCAAGUCUAAAUUACCAUAGUUACAUUUAUGUUCUAUCUAUAGAGUUAUACUGAGUACAAACAGGGCAAGCACUGCUUAUAUUGAUGUGUGUAUCCAUAGUCAUCAUUGUCUUUGGUUAAACAAUGCCUUUAUAUCUAUGUCAAUGUGUCUAUUAGGGAAGUGCAUGGGCAAAAAAUUCAGUUCGGCACUUCGGCAAUUUGAGACUUCGACAAUUCGGGACUUCUGCAAUUUGGUUCGGUUUGGCACUUCUGAAAUUCGACAAUUCAGUAAUUUAGACAUUCGGAAGAAUCCAAAUGUCCAAAUUGCAGAAAUUCGUCCGAAUUCAUAUUCGUACCGAAACAAAUUGCACAUGUCUAGUGUCUAUAUCAGUGUUGUAAACACUAGAGUAUUAUGCACAGUAGGUGUCUCAAUUUAGAAGAUUUCAUAAGUGCUAUGUGCAGCUUAAUCAAUAAUACUGUUUGUAUCUCUUAAAAUUGCACUGGUCUAUUUUAGUAAUUAACAGGCAAAAAUGGACAAAUGGGACUGAUCUAAUGUUAUGUGCUAUAUUGAUAUUUUUCAUUUUGUUUUAAACAUAUCCUAAACAACAGCAGUUUUAUGUAAUGCAAAUACUACUACAAAUCUCUACUACAAAUGGGUACUACUGCUACUGCUUAAUUACAGCAAACAGAAACAUGUUACAAUUGUGUAUGAACUGCAUACAUGACUAUUUUUUGUAAUUGUAACAGAAAAUAUUAUAUAAAAUAACAGACAUAGGUUCUUUAGAACACCUAGUCUUGUAGACACUGAGUAAUCUAACAAAAGAUGGAAAUUUGUCUAUACCAUACUUUCAAAGGGGCUCAUACCAUUAUGGCCUAGUGUGAAAUCCAGCUUUUGUACCAAGUAGAACUUCAAUUUCAGUGCUGUUGUUAUCUAUGUGAUGUGUUACUAUGAGAGGAGGUAGCCCUGAACUUAACAGGUGUUAGGGGUAAGGGCAAAACCUUCAUUAUUUAAUGAGUGCCUACCAGACCAAGGCAGAUCUACAAUUACAUAAGUCAACUGAGGGAGAACCUGAAAAGAACAAUAGAGGAUAUAAAUGUAUGCAGUCAUGUAUCAGUAAUUGACACCCCCCUCUACAUGCCUGGUAUAUGGACUAUAUGGACUACGUGCUUACGAACAGAAAGGUUGCUCUCAUGUGAAUAACAUAGACUUUGAGUUCACUUGUGUUGAUGGUGAACACGUACACACAGUGUUAAUUACUAAAGUGAGAAUUUAAAGUGAAUUAAAAAUUUAAGGCCAAUAUAGCCAAAAUUGAGAAAUUCUGCAAGUCAGCUAUGCUUCCAGUUUGGAAUAAAUUUAGUUCCCAUAAAUUAUCACUUUACAGAGUUAUUUACUAAAGUGAGAAAUCAAAAUUAAUCUCAUAUUGUUCAAAACGUGCCUAUUCUCUACUUCUAGCCAAUUAAGAUGACAUAGAAAUAAAAACAACUAAAUGGUUUGAGCCAGCAUUCAAUUUUAUAACACAACAGGGAAAUAGUGACAAUGUCAGCUGUGCUCUUCCUCUAUCCCACUCACAGGCUGAAUCACGACACUGAAUUUGUUUUAGAAAUAAGGAGGAAGGUGAUUUUCAGUUGUGCAGAAUAGGUGCAUUAUGUUUGGAAACAUAUUCAUGAUGACAAAGUGGAUGCACUUUUUCCAAUGUAUCUAUUAAUUUAUUCAUUUACUGAGCCCUUCAUUCAUUUGACUCUGAAGUGAUACAACUAUAAAAUAAAAAAUAUAUAUAUAAAAAAAAAAAUGUAUAUAAAAUUUUUUUUUAUACAUUUUCACAUCUUUAUCGAGCAUAAUAAUCUGUAGUGGUUAUGGUGCCAGGAAUGCAGAGAUACUUAAUCUGACAGUCCUAUUCCCCUAAUGUAGCAAGGCCAAGUGGUGUUCUGGGCGUAUACAGAGUUCUGGUGUACUGACAAUUUAUGAUCAAAUGGCAAAAUAGCGAACUGGGAUAUUCUCUAAAUCAGCUCUGCUUCCACUAUAGCACUGCCACCUAUGGGAUCUUUGCAUAUUUUGUUGAGAACCCCGAUGGUGACAUUGCCUCUUAUGGUGCGGUGGCCCAGAGGUUCAGUAGAGGAGAGUUAUACUUGAUUGGUGGUGUCCCUCGCGGGCAGAGGCGUAACUAGAAACCACAGGGCCCCCGGUGCAAAAAGUGCCCUGGCCCCCCCCCCCAUAUGUCUAUCACCCACCCCAUACAUCCCUGCCCGCAUACAUCUAACCCCCCACCCGAUAUGUCCCCGCCCCCCAUAUAUCUACCCCCCACACGUCCCCGUCCCCUCACACAAGCAGACAAACACAUACAUACACACAAAGAACACACACAGACAAAUACAUACAAACACACAAAAACAGAGACCCAUACAUACAGACACACAUACAUACACACACACACACACACGUAGACACACACACAUACAUACAGACACACAUACACACAGAGACACAUAAAGACAGACAUGCACACGUACAUACAGACACACACAUACACAAACACACAAAGACAUACACCCAGAUAUACUGAUACAGACAUUCUCUAUCACACACACACACAAACUGUUAAAACAUUUUUCGUGAAUUACCUGGGGUCCAGUGGCUGCCUUAUGCUGAUGGGAGUCAGAGUUCCCACUCUCACUCCCUCCUCUCCUCCCGCGCGGUGCUCUGUUAGCUGGGAGAAAGUGACGGCGUCCUCCCAGCUCUGACAUCAUCACUGGGGCCUGGUCACGAUCUUAAAGUACCGAUGCGCUGACCGGGCCCCAUGAAAUCUCUUGAGUGAUGGGCCUGGUCACAGCUGCGACCCCUGCGACCGCGGUAGUACCGCCAGUGCUAGCGGGUGCUGCUAUUUUCGAUCUUUAGCUCUUGGCGCCUCAUCCGCUAGGAGCCCUCUUUAGUGCUAUACUUUUGCAUAUGUGGAAGAGUACAACACUGAUUUCUUUGGAGGUUAAAAACAAAACUACGGGGAACUUUAUCCCCGUAGCUGUCACUAAUGAUGGCUGUGGAAAGUGGAACGUAAUGGCGGAACUACGCCUUUUGUCAAUUUGCGGAUUUGCCAUAUGAAAAGUAGCCCCUAAUUUGUCUUAUGAUAUCUUUUGGAUGCAUUGGAAUUUGUAUGAAAUUUCAACCCAGUCAUAAACAUGUUAUAUUUAUGAAAUGCUCAAAAGAAAAUCUUUUCGGGCGACAAAGCCACUUUAAAAUUCACUUUGAAUUCUCACUUUGGUGAAUAACCCUGAUAGUGUAGCAUUUGUAAUUACUUGAUGUAGUAACAUAUGCUUGUCAUUUUAAUAAGUGCAAUAAUUCAAUUCAUAUGAAACUACAAAAAAUAUUUCUUAGUGAGUGCAACAUUCAUCCCUUUUCUGGGUCAUUAUAUUAGAUUCCACUCCAGUGUCAUUCUGCAUUUAAUGACCCAAUUCUAAUAAUCUGUUACUUUGGCUGAACAACAAUAACUCACUCAGUCUUAUAUAAAGCAUUGGCAUGUUAUGAGCUGUAUUCUAUCUGCUAUGGAUAUCCAUUUUCCAUAGCAAAUAGAAUUCUGUUUUUGUUUAUUUUUGAAUAUUUUUUUUAAAACUCAUCAGCUGAAAAUGUAAAAUCUCGGAGAACUAAUAAUUUUAAUAGACGUGGUGCCAAUUCUUAUUCAUUGUUUAUAAGUGUGUAAAAAAAAUUCUUAGAAAUUAUUUAUACCAUACAAUAGAAAUAAUUCACCAAGGUAAAAAAAAAUUGAUUUUUAUUGAUAACUAACAAGUCACCUUUAUCUUGAAAUAUAACAUGAUGUCACACACCUUGUCUCAGUGUUAGUUUCAGACACAGACGUUUCUGUCUUUACUGUGCUUUGGUUAGUGAGUCACAGCAGAUGAGUAAUUUCUCUAAAUAGUGAUAGAGGGUAAAUAUAUAAAUAGACCUUUUGUAAGUUUUGUCUUGCUUUUUAUAUUUUUGAAGAAAUUAUAUCAUGACUUUUUGUACACAUGAUUAUGACUAGAGAAAAAAAAUUUGUUUUUGUUUAAAUUUAAAAUUUAUAUAGAAAUUUCCUGAACACCCCAAUGUAAUGUGCUGCACAUGCAUGGUAUCUGUCUGUAAAUAAUAAUGUUUUAUUUUGUUCUCCAUAAACUUUAAAAAUAAAACCCGUUUGGGCAUUAUACACAGUACUGGUAUUUUUCAUGGUACUUUUAAUAUUUUAAGACUUUUUCUAAUGAGUGUUUUAAGAAAUUACACCAGUAUUUCUAUUUUGGCUAAUACAUUUCAAAUCAAAAUGCCUUUGAAAUCAAUAGAGUUAAGUGGAAGGACUUAUUGUAUUUAUCUUAAAAACACAUUUAAAAAAAAAUAUAUAGCUUAGUUGAUGCAAAAAGUUGAGGUUUUUGUAGAAAGUGCGAUGAUUUAGGAAUCUGAAACGACACAAAAGCAAAGAGAUGUUUUAUAUAACUUCACCAUAGCAAGCAUUUUCUCUUUUUUUGGCAAUUUCAAAUAAUUUAAUUUUAAUGUCAGCCUUCAAAUGCCAACUCUAAAUUGAGAAUCAUUAUAAUGAUGCAGUAAUGGCAGUGCAGUGCAUUGCAGUGAAUUGUUAUAUAAUGGCAUAAAGCAGAGUGCACUGCACUCUAAAACUAUCAAGAUUAUUCACUAAAGUGAGAAUUCAAAGGGAAUUCACAGUGAAUUUCACAUUUUAGGCCAAGGUAGCUGAACUGGAAGGAUAGAUGACUUGAGAAAUUUUCACAUUUAGUUAUUUUGUCUUAAAUUUGAAAUUCACUUUUAAUUCAGUUUGCCUUCUCACCUUCGUGAAUAGUCUUGAUUGUUCUUAAAUCAGGACUAUCCCGCAGAGUACAACAUACUCCUUCUAAACACUGCAGUUGUAGCAAGCACCACUAUCAGAGAGUAUCUCACUGCCUCAUUGGAUGAUUGACAUUACAGUCUGAGGCGUAACUAGAAACCAUGGGGCCCUGGUGUGAAAAUUGCCCUGGGGCCCCCCCAUGUGUGGUCCCCCCCACACACAUUCAGACACACACAUAGACACACACAUGUAAACACACACACACAUACAUACACACCUACAUACAAACACAACCACGCAUGCAAAAUGUUUAAGUCACUCUCCUGUUUCCUACCUUUUAGAUGCAGGAGGGUGACUUCCCUGGGGUCCAGUGGGGGCUCAGGAGGAAGUUUCAGGGGCAGUCACAUCCUCCCUGGGCUCUGACCUCAUCACAGGUCAUGCUGUUAAAGCACCACAGCGCUGACUGGGCCCCCCGGAUAUUCAUUGCCCCUUAACAUGUGGCCUCGGCGAAUCUACCGCACAGCCGGGGCUACAACACAUGGCGGCGGGUACCCGGUCGCAGGGGUCUGCAGGGCAGCCAUGCCCCCUGGAGUGACGGGCCAGGUCACAGCUGCGACCCCUGCGACCGCAGAAGUUCUGCCACUGAUUACAGUGCAUAGUAUUCUAAUUGCAAGUACGCUUUAACUCUAAUAACCACUUAACACUAAGCCCUCAACCCUAAUCAUCUGUAACCUUCGCAUGAUACUUUAAAUAGUGCACUUAACCAUGAAUGUCCCUCCGUGCAUAGUAAUACCGCUAUGCAGACACACAUUAAACCAUGCAGACACACACUGACCCAUGCAAACACGCUCUCACUGACCCAUGUAGACACACUCACACUGACCCACGCAGACAUAUUCACACUGACCCAUACAGACAUACACUGACCCAUGCAGACUCACACUGAUCCAUGCAGACUCACACUGAUCCAUGCAGACUCACACUGAUCCAUGCAGACAUACACUGACCCAUGCAGACAUACACUGACCCAUGCAGACACACACAGAUGGGUACAGGUGGCUGGCCCCUUGCUGGGCAGGAUGUAGUAGGAGAGGGCUGCAUUGCCUGCUCCCUUCUGUGCAAGCGCUCCUCUUUUGGUCGCCCUGUCACUCUCUUACAAUGAGGACAUAUGGGGUUUGUAACAGUGAUGUCAUAGCCCCACCUACUCUCCACCAGGAAGCAUGUAUGUAGUCUUCUUCUCGCACAUGCUGUCUACUGCACACACAGCCACAGCGGCUGGCUCUCUCAGCAUGAGAAUGGGCUGGCCGAUGAGGGAGAUCUAUGAUCUCCCCAAUGGCUGUGCCGCCCCACUCAUGUCUGCCACUCUAGGGUUGCCUUAUGGGAAAUCAGGCCCUGUCAGAAUGUGCAGCAUUUCAUAUGGAAUGCUUCACGUACAAACUCCAGGCUGAAUUGAACAUGGUGCUUGGAGUAACCCUUUAAGGCUCUCAAAACCUAUUUUAGCUGUUUCUGAUUAUUAUUAUUUAUAAUAAUAAUGUGAUUCAAAACAUUUACACCUGUCUUUGUUUUUAUUUUGUAAUCACACUGAAAUUUAGAAAUAUUUUAGGAUGAAACAUCAGAGUUUCUCCCUGUCAGAUUAUGGAAAGAGGAAAGUCCACAAAUUCUGGCAUGAAUCCUUUUCCCCCCCCCCCAGACAGAUACAGCCAAAGCAUCCCACUUAAAAUAAGUGCUGAAGAAAGUGUCAUUAGUUUUCUGGAGUUCAUUAGAAUGAAACAAAGCCUUCUGGCAAUGCGGUCUUCCACUAAUACAGAAUAUUUCUUUAAACACCAGUGACAAGUCCUUUUUUUUAGUCCCUGUGUUAUAUGCACCCAAUGUAUAAGGCUACUAUCAAGAUUAUUCACUAAAGUGAGAAUUCAAAGGGAAUUCACAGUGAAUUUCACAUUUUAGGCCAAGGUAGCUGAACUGGAAGGAUAGAUGACUUGAGAAAUUUUCCCAUUUAGUUAUUUUGUCUUAAAUUUGAAAUUCACUUUUAAUUCAGUUUGCCUUCUCACCUUCGUGAAUAGUCUUGAUUGUUCUUAAAUCAGGACUAUCCCGCAGAGUACAACAUACUCCUUCUAAACACUGCAGUUGUAGCAAGCACCACUCUCAGAGAGUAUCUCACUGCCUCAUUGGACAUUACAGUCUGAGGCGUAACUAGAAACCAUGGGGCCCUGGUGUGAAAAUUGCCCUGGGGCCCACCCAUGUGUGGUCCCCCACACACACAUUCAGACUCACACAUGUAAACACACACACACACAUACAUAAACACCUACAUACAAACACACACGCAUGCAAAAUGUUUAAGUCACUCUCCUGUUUCCUACCUUUUAGAUGCAGGAGGGUGACUUCCCUGGGGUCCAGUGGGGGCUCAGGAGGAAGUGACAGGGCUCUGACCUCAUCACAGGUCAUGCUGUUAAAGUAAAUAAAAUAAUAUAAAUAGCUUGGUUGAUGUUACAUGCAAAGCAGUGUGUGCACGUCCAUUAAAAUGCACAAUUGUGUGAAGAUGUAAAAUCCAAUCAUGAAACACCCUCCCUCCCUCCACACACAUACACUUGCUAGCACUCUCAUGCAAGCUCAAACUUUCUGCUAUCCUCUAGCCAUUUUGCAUUCCAUAACUUUUUUUUUACUUCUGCUUUUACUCUUUAGCCUUUAUGGUUCUACCCCACUCCUAAAAUGCAGGGUUAAAGAGUUGAACUUACCUGAAAUCCAGCACAGGGUGAAGCUCCUGACGCUCCUCUUCCCACCCAGUUCCAACUUCACAAGCUUCCUCACAUGGUCCAAUCAAAUGGUACUUAAAGAGAAGCAUGUGAUUAGACCAUUCUCACUGUCUCAGCACAUACAUGCGCUCGGAGCCGUAAGGGGAGGAAUGGGGGUGUUGAUGGGGAGGACUGCACUUCUAUUUAAAAAAAAAGAAAAGAAACGGGAAGCGGCAGAGAGAGCUGGGAGGAACUGCAAGGAGUGAGGAAAGAAAAGCAGGCAUAACAAACUUCCCUUUGGAAUCUGACCACAACUGUCUCCAGCACACUGUGUGCGCACAGAACAGACGUAAAAUAUUCACAGAAUUGACAUUAGACAGCCUGGAACUAAGUCACAUGUGCUGGGGGUGUAACUAUCCCCUGGCACACAAGUUUAAAAACCUCGGUAUAUGCAGAGUUUCAAGCUGAGAUGCUGCACAAACAGAGUAAACCUUUAACAUCCUGUUUAACUUGGUUUAGAGAUUGACUACCUAUUAUUAUUGAUGGGAUAUUCAUAUGCAAAAGGUAGCUAUUUUCAAAGCAAAAACUAAAAUGUCAUAAUUCUAGAAGAUGAGUUUGAGGAUUUGUAACAGCAAUGACCAAGGUUUUAAAGACCUUCAGAGUCAUUGUACCAUAGGACAAUGCCACAUAGUAUUUGUUAGGCAUUAGAUAUUUUUUCAUAUAUAUGCCGGGAGGUUAUAUUAGAUAUACAAAAAAAAUAAAAUAAGCCACAACAUUUAAAGCCUCGGGCUGAUGGUUAUGCAGUACAAUGGUAACCACUUGUGGCCUGCAGCCCUGCAGUUAGGCCACCCUGCCUUAAACAGUGACAGUUUUAAUGUGAAGAUUCCAGGAUGACUUGGUUUUACUGAGCAUGUCAAUUGGUGGCCCAGAAUUUCAGUCUCCAUUGAACAGAUUACUUCUGACAAGGGUCAAUGCACUCACUGCUUAUUGCUCAAAACUACAAUGAAAGAAGAGCGUAUGGCUGAGACAUAAACACUGCCUGGAUAAAAGGCAAAAAGUCAUAUAAAGGAUAGCACAAAAUCUAACUAUGAUAAAUAAACAGUACAUAAAAUAAAAAAAUAAAAAAAUAGAAAUGUGAAGACUCAGAAUAUAUGGCUUCAGGAAAUAUAGGCAGCAAGUCAACAAACACAUGGCUUUUGGCAAGAGCUGAGAAAACUAUUGAAAAACUAAAAUACCUAGAUACAUGCAAGCCAGUAUUGAACAAAGUGACAGUUUUGUCAAUAAAUUCACACCUUAGUCAUAAUCGGUAACAAUCAGAUAGAUUUGUGUUAUACAAUAAGUGAUAGUCCUGAGGUUUUAGAAAUAUACAAUUUAUAUUAAAAAAAGGCUGAAAUAAUCAGUUAUCAGUAUUGGACCACUUUAGAAUCAUCAUACUGCAUUCUAUUACAAAGCAAAGUAAAUAUCAUGUUGGGUGUGAGUUUUUCUAGAACAUUUAGAAAGAGCAGAUUUGGGUAAUAAAAAUGGGUUUUGUAUUCUGUCACUUUUUCAGUUAUUUACUUUAAGCUGUUGGAUAUUGACUGAUCGCCGCAAAGCCAUAUCUAUCAUAUCUGUGGUAAAUGUCUCCUUUUAAACAACUUCACACUAGGCUUAAAAAUAAUAAUAUUGAGGGCAGGGCCUGGGCAUCAUGGCGGCUGGCUGCACAUCGAGUGAGCUCCUGACCUCACUCUCCAAAUUAGCCUGAAAAACCGACAGCCAGCUCACAAAAAUCGCACUACUCAGCUACAUAAUACUUACUGAAUCCCUGGGGGAAGCUCUUGACGAUCGGAGCAACUCACCUGCUGAUAUUCCCCAUGGAGACCCCGCUGCGGCCUACCGUCGCUGACGGAUUGGUGGAACGGUUGAUCACUGUAUCUAAGCGGCGCAGCUACAAGUGAGAUCUGCCACAUACCCCGUUCUUCCCCCCUCUGGACCGCCGGGGUAUAUCCUAGUCCUCACUGAGGCAAGCAUACGCCUGAGCAGCGACCCGCUCGCAGAAACCAGGCCCAUGAGGCGAAUCCAAAAUGGCCACCAGACAGGAGACACCACAACCGCGAACAAGCCAGGGAGCGCCGGAGUGGCUGGACUCCUUCAAUGACAUGUUUGAGGCUAUAUGUCAGACAUUCUGGUGCCAACUUGCCAACCAACCUCGGGUGAUAUCACCCCCUGCCGUCCCAAGGCUCCACAAGAACACCCUUGUAGCCAGUCUCUCACCACAGGCUUCUCUGGACCUGCCUGCACCUCCUGCAGUACAGCUGGAUGGUACUGCUGGACUCUAUGCCCGUUCUUCUUCCAAGCUGUGGGCCCAAUUGGAGGUAACCCCCCCACCACUGUCCAUAUACCCAGGGAUCUGUUCGGAACCCGGAAGACCCAUGGGCCCAUGAUCCUGAUGAAGGGAUCAAUGGACUUAGGAAAGGUCUCCCGCUAAAGCCUUGGGCCGAAAACUCAAGGUACGGAGACCUCGCAGACCCCCACCCUGGCAGCAGGUGACAGUACCAGUACACACAGACCUGGAAACUGGAAAGGUGAAACGAGAGCAUAUGUGCCUGAUCAACCAUGGCAUGGACUGUCUAACUAUCUGACGGGAAGACCACACAAGGGAGUCGGCUGAAAGCCAGGCAUGUCCAGGGGGACUCUAACAAGCAGAACCUCAGCGACACCUGCAAAUACCGACUGCUAAACAUACCUGUAUUUAUGUUUUCUUUAGGCCUGUUGACUUUUAUUUUAUUUAGAUAACACCAUGACACCACCAAGUCACCCCCCCCAGUGGAGCUACUUACUGCUGUCAACAACCCGUAACUACUAGCCCAGAGCUAGACUGGCAAUCUCUCAGUGGUUCCAACCUAUCCUCAAUAUGACACGCUACUAACCUUACUAGCUCAAUAGGAUAACCAUGCACAGAGAACGUUUAACAAGUAGUGCGAACCGGUCAUUUGUUCCUUUUUAAGUUCAGACAUGUAUAUCUAUUUUAUCUUGCUUUCGUUCCACUUGGCUAUGUCAGCUAAAUCAACAAACGCCAACUACACCUUGGUAGUAACUCUUGCAAAAUUAGAAUAACCUGUUUAUCCUAUGUUAAGCUCCUUUUAAAUAUCUAGACAGAUAUACCCUGGCGUAAGCAUUAUUAAUCUGUAAUUAUUUCAUGAAUACCUAGCCCGAUAUACCAUGUCUUUAGCAUGUUAACUCUAUAACAAACGCAUAACUAUCCUGAUAUAUCUUGUUAUUUAUUUUUAUAAAAAUAUGGCAGCCUAGCUUAGGAGUUUACGCUGUUGUAUGUUGACAUAUCUAUUUUUAUGUUUACCUGCUUUAACUCCUUUAUCUAUUCUGUAAACUGUGAAUCAAAUGCCAUAAAAAGAAGCAUGACAAAAAAAUAAAAAAAAUAAUAAUAUUCUAGGGGCUACUUUAGAAAUGUCUGUUUGUGUGUAUGUGUGUUUGCAGAAAGCUAUUUUAGAGUUUAGCGAUAUAUAGAUGAUAUUUAUUUCAGUGGUAGAAGAAAUUGUUUUAAUAAAUGUGUGGUUGAAGAGAAGCCACUGUUAUAAAUGUUGUACUACAGGGCAUGGGGAAAUAAUUUAAGUACAUUUUUGUGUGUCUUAUUGUUAGGGGUUUGGUCACCACGAGUCUAAAGCUUCCCAGGUGGAUAAGAAUGAAUGACCUGAGUGUAAUCUUUGAAAGGGCAAACAUUCAACAAGAAGUGAAGAAGUAAAAUGAGAAAUUGAGACUAGUUCAGAAAUGUCGGACAUUUAUGUACCUUUAAACAAAGAAGAAAAAAAGACAUUUGUAGAUAGGACAGUCACAGAGAAAUUAUUCAAAAGGAUAAUCAUGAGAAAUAGUAAAUAAAUAAAUAUUAGAAGAAUAAUUAUAAAAAAAAAUGUAAAAAAAAUUGUUUGCAAAUGGUUUAUAAUGAGAGAAAUAAAGUGAUGAUUGGAAAUGUUAAUUAAUGCAGAGGAAACAUCAGGUAGAUAGAAAGUAUACAAAAAAAGAUCAGUGACAACAAAAGUGGAAAAGACAGACAGCCGUGUACAGGCGCAAUUAAAAAAAGAUUGAAAAAGACUGGAGACAAACUUCACAAGAGGUAUAGGCCUAUUAUACAGACAGACAAUUUAAAGUGCUGUGUAAAAUUGAAGAAGAAGGGAGAUGGCACAGAGAGGGCAGAAUGAUAGGUGGGGAUGUAGAGAGAAAGAGGAAUAUAAAUACAGUGGACAGCGGAAAGGGAAAUUAGAUAAAGAUAGAGCAAGAGGUAGAUGAAGAUUUGUGCCGCUGGCUUGUGUGGGAUUGAAUUCCCUUGUGGAUGUAUCUUGUCCCUUCACUUUCUCUCACCAGAAGGGGUGUCACAGGGACACUGAAGAAGAAGGGGGUGUUAACUAUAUGCAGUAUGCGCUGAUGCAGAAAGGAUCUCAGGGUGGGAAUAGCCAUCUCCCCCCUAAUUCCUCCUGACAGUUACUGGCUGGCGGCCUACUGCCUAACCUUAUCUGCAGAGCAGAGCAUUAAAAGGUGUGUAAUCCCCCUGCUUUUGUCAAAAAAUAUAUAUCACAGCAGCGGGGAAAGGUCAGAGGGAAAUCAGGGAGCAGGAGGAAGACAUAGUCUAGCAGGCAGAUCUACUAAAACUGUGCCUGGAAUACAAAAUAUUCUGGACAAUGUCAGAUAUAUACAUGUAUUCUUAUAGAAUGCUUGUCUUUCUCUUCCGGAGAGCGCUAUACACCAGGCAUAAAGUCCAGCCAUUAUACUCAUGUUAAGGGUUACAAUGUCACCACUAGGUCAUGCCUAUCUGUGACUGAAGUUCAGGUUGCCAUAUUUCAUGCCAUUCUUUUGGCUUACAGUAUCCUGGACUACAAAGAAAGAAUUUUCCUUUUUCUGAUUUACUGAUUGCUUUUUUUUUGUAGUAUGUAUUUCAAACAUAUUAAUUAGAUAGAGCUACAUUUUUAAGGACAAUGCACAACCCACAUUUUUGACAAUGUAUACAUUGAUAUAUCGCAAUAGAUUUGUUUUACAGCACUUUGUUUACAUGUCUGCAUGUACAAAUUGCAUAGAAAUCACAAUCAAUUGCUGUCAUGUCUUGCAUAAAAUGAACUUUGAUAACUGUAUAUUAAUAGCCAUACUUUGUUUAAUGAGGUUGGACAUUUUAAGAUUGCUAUCAGUAUACUGUACAUGCAUGUCUUUACAUAGAACAGUGUACUUAGCAUGUUAUAGGAUUCCAUUAAGAUGGGAGAUAGAGUAUUUAUGCUGAUUUAACGGAGGUUUAAAUUACACAUUACACGGAAUAUGUUUAGAUUAAAAACAGGUAAGGAAGCUUAUGUUCUAAGAUCUCACUAUCUAAUUAUAGUUAUAGUGAUUAGUGAUGCUGCUAUAAUGAGAUUGUGCACCAAUACAGUAAUUAUUACAAAUGGUUUUUCAUACUUGGGUUAGGUAACAAUAAACACUAUUUUAUGUAAUGUUUUUCUGUUUAAGGACAAUUGUCAGCUAAAAACUAUUUUUAAUAUCCUAAUCCUGUCAUCAGGUUUUAAAAGGAAAUCGAUUUAAAAACAAAAUAAAAGAUGUAUAUGUGAAAAAUGAGAAACUCAUCCCUACCUUUAAUAUACAACAAAAUCCUUCAGCCACAUACAUACACCUUGGGUCAGACAUUGUUUAAAAAGUGAGAGUUAGUCUCUAUGGUCUUUCCUGCUUCGCUCCAUGCACACAAGCAGGAAAUACCAUAGAGACUAACUGCUGGUUUUCAAAUGCUGUCUGACACAAGGUGUAUGUAUAUGGCUGAAAUAUUCUGUUGUAUAUUAAAGGUAGGGAUGAGUUUCUCAUUUUUUUUUUUUUUAUCGAUUUCCUUUCAAAACGUGAUGACAGGAUUAGGAUAUUAAAAAUAGUUUUUAGCUGACAAUUGUCUUUAAACAGAAAAACAUCACAUAAAAUAGUGUCUAUUGUUACCCAAGUAUAAAAAAUAUUUGUAACAAUUACUGUAUUGGUGCACAAUGUCAUUAUAGCAGCAUCACUAAUCACUAUAACUAUAAUUCAAUUGUGAGCUCUUAGAACAUAAGCUUCCUUACAUAUACAAAAGGUAAGGAUGAGUUUCUUAUUUGUUUUCAUAUAAUUCAUUAAAAUAAAAUCUAUUUCCUUUCCAAAGUGAUGACAAAAUUAUGAUAUUAGAAUAGUUUUGAGUUGACAGUUGUCCUCUAAUAUAUAAUUAUUAUAUAAUAUUCUGAAAGACAUACAUGCUCUAUACUGUAAUUAGUCAUCUGACAACAAUAGAGUAACCAUAUACUGAAAAAGACCGAGCCACCUUUUCUCAUGCUUGUCAUUUUCCAGAGCCGUCACCAGAGACGGCAAUUGGGAAAAAAGCUCUUUCUACGGUCCCACGGUCUUGCGAGAUCUUCCUUAGACCUCGAUGCUGUUCUUUAGCGCAUGCACAAGAGUACAACGCUUACAUCGGCUCCUUGCAGCCGAAGCGUCAGUAGCUGAAGAGGAUUGGAUGGAUGAUGAUGGCGGAGCCCACAAGGGACAUGUUCAGGUAACAAAAUCUCACCUUUCCUGCCCCUUGUGACCAGUGGACCCCCAACAGUGAAGUCACCAAUGGCGGCCUGUGCAAAUUAUGUAUACGCCUCAGACUGUGACAGAGCCACUUUAAAUUAUGUUGGGACUGUAUUGAUAAUGUUGCAAAAAAUUUACAAAGUCAUGAUAGAUGAAUAUAAACUGAUAAUGGUAUUUUCUAUAUACUAAUAGUGGUGCAUUACAAUCAUUACAUUGAUAAUUAAGUUCUAUAUAUUGAUUAUAGUUCAGUAUGUUUAUAGAAGGUAAAUAUACAGAAAAUAAGAGGUCAGAUUGUGAUUUAGAAAAAUGCUGGGCAUUUAUCAACAAGUAUCAACAUAUCUAUAGAGGUGAAAGGUAAUGCCAGUUUUUGUCCUAGAAAUAUCACAGUAUAGAAACAUUCCUGGCACAGUUUACCUUGAAGAUAAUGGAAUGGAUUUUGUACAAUAUAGGUAAUAUAUAAAAAAAAAUUAAAAAUGAGGGAGUUAGCAGGGACAUAUAAUAUCCAUGGAGCAUAAAAAAAAUAUCUGGGCAAAAGAUGUUCAUUGGAGCUAAAAUAUUAACUUUUUAAUCUUCUUUUUAAAAGUGUCAAAGCUACAUUAGACUAGCAUAUAGAAUGACAAUAUCUCACUUUUCAGUGAGUCACUUAUGUUAAACAUAUUCAGUUCCUGUGAUGUUACCAUAGUAAACAUGAAAUCCAGUCUACCACAACGUUUACAUGAACAUGACUAUUUGAUAAAUCUUAAGGACGUUAAAUAUUUUGUGAUGUUGCAGAUCCAAGCUCUCUGACUCAUACAUGGAUUAAAACCAAAAAUGGACUACAUGUUAAUUAGUAACACCAAUAACUGUGAUCUAUCAUAUCCAUUUCAUAGAGCGUUUAAAAAAAUUCUAAAUGAUAAAUCAUUACACCAUUUUAAAAGCAUCCUCAGAUACAUUUUACUUAAAGAAUUAUUCUCAAGGAAGCAAAAUCUAUGUUAACAAGAGAGUGCAAAAAAAAAAAAAAAAAAAAAUCCCUAACAGCGAAAGCUGCAGGGAUCCUCUAAGAUACCAGGAGCACUGUGGGAUCUUGAAUACAACCGGCACUGAGUAAUGAGGUGUGUUUUUAAGGAUUUUUCAAAGGGGGUUUGUAGAAUGAAUGGGAAGAGGUAGGGAGGGGAGACGGUUAACUCUCCACUCGUCAACCUCAAUGGGACGCCCUGAACAGCUGUGAAAAGGGUCUCAGAGUUUUUCUCACGCCCAAACGACAUCUCACCCCGCUGAGGUCAGCCUCGCUCACAUCACUAAUAUAUACACAGUCUGUGUCCCAUAUCAAUGCAGGCCGCAGCUUCGUUUUAUGCAUAUAUGUUGAAAGACAAGUGACACUAAUUUCUAGUCAACCACAAUUCUUUUGUGUGAAAUAUCUAACACAAAAGACGACUUCUUUGGGAUUUGUGUUUAGACCACUUUUAACUUAUAUGGGAAGAUUGAUAUUUUGCCAAGGCAGCCAUUCAUACAUAUAUAUAUAUAUAUAUAUAUAUAUAUAUAUAUACACACACACAUACACACACACACACACACACACACGUAUUUAUACAGAAAUAUCUACUGAUUAUUCUAGCACUUUUUUUUUAAAAUACAGUUUUUAUGUAUGCAACAUUGAGUUAGUAACCAUUCACACCACCAGUUUAGUAAGUUAUACAUUUUAAUGACAUAAUGACUAAUAGACAUUAGUGAAAUUUUCCAGACCGUUAUAUAUGUUCCUAUACAGGAAAAUAAACUGUGCAUUCAAAUGUGCAAGAAAUGUGGUUUUGUUCAGCAGUUUUAGCACGUAAAAACCUGUUUAUAAAUAGUCAUGUGGUGGACAUUUACCACCCACACUCUAUCACCUCGUUUUUGUGUGACCUGUCUUUGUCUAUAAGUCUACUCUCUGCCCUCACACCCCCUGUCUUCCUGGUAAAUGUGACCCUCACCAUUUCUGCCAACAAAUUCUUUCUAUCUCUCUCUAUUUCUCGCCAAUCCCACACCUUUUCUGCUUGUUAUAUAUAUCAUCAAUACAAUUGUGUAUCCAUAUAUAAAAACAUGAUUGCAUGAAUAUUAUUUUAUUCAUAUUUUGGAUCCCUCAUCUAUCCACUCAUACUCUACUUAGCUAUAGAGGAACAAGUGGCCUUAUUUAAACAACCUUAUGUAUCAUAUUGUACCCUAUGUUAAAAAAUUUAGAUAAAUAUUGCACUUCCCAUACUUCCCCUCUACUGUAAAAUAACAGACAGAGACAUUAAAUGUAUCAUGACAAUUCCCUGGACAUUGUCCUAGGCUGCAAAAAACUAUUUCAGUAUGUAGUGUAGAAGUCUCAACCUCACAAACAAUCAUAAACAACUCAUUUAAUCCAGACACGCACUCAAACCACACAAGCGAACACUAGCCAACACUCAACACACAGGCCCUGGUCGAACCAGAGACAUGGCACUACUAUCCAAAUCUCACGGAGAGGCUCUUACUUGGAUCCUGUCAUUAGACAAGUGUAUCUGUGUGUAUGUGUUUGUGCAUAUCUGCUUCUGUGAGGAAGUGUAAGUAUAUACACGUAUGUAUGUCAGUGUAUGAGGAUCCGUGUGUAAAUAAAUAUGUAUGAGUGCAAUCAUGUGUGAUCCAUAUAUUCACCUAUCAGUAAUGACAGACAAAUCUGCAUUCAUAUACACAUCUCACUGGCCCCUUCCAAUUGCCAUGAUUUUGCCAAUAAAAAGUGAAAGGUUGUACGUAAAUAGAUUACCUACACAUUAUUUCAUUAUAAUACUACGGUACAUUCCACAGAAUUGUAAUGCCAAUAUGGUAAUUUGUCUGUGAAUGAAGUUAAUUGACUUUGUUAGUGAACUACCAGCAGAUCUCACUGUAACAGCUAUUCUUUCAGUACCUUAAUUAUACUUACCCAAACACUUCUCUCAAAUUAUUAUGCUGUCCAUCCCUUUGUAUUGUCCUUGCAACCUGCAGAGGGCUCUCCUAUAAACUUCAAAUACUAUUGUCUUUCCUCUUGUUUAAAAAAAAAGGAAAGUUUGUCAUUAACAUAUGAAAGGGGAAAGGAUUUGAUUGUAGGGCUCAAUUUCUUAAAGUUUAAAUAAACAAUGUAUUCUUCCCUUCUUCUUCCUGUCUUCUUGACAUUCUUGGUUUCUUUUUUCUUUUUUUUUCUUUCGCUGCUACUUUUUUCUUUUUUUUGUUGUUCAUGUGGCUGGCAUUACCUUGAUUGUUGGCAGUAAUGUGCCAAUUCAUCCCCAGAUUAAUCUUGUAACUGAGAAAAUUUGCUCGAAAGGGGUUAGCUCUGUGGUGUACGUUUUCACUUUUUCUUUUAUUUUCUGUCUUGUGCUACUGUUUGUAUUGUAAAGCUAAGUAAAUCUAAAUUACCCCAUUUAAAAAAAAAAUACAAAAGACAAAAAAAAAAAAGAAUUAAAAAAACAAAACAAAUAUAUAUAUAUAUAUAUAUAUAUAUAUACAAUAUAAAAAAAGGGAUCCAAUAGCACACAUAAUAACACAAGAAAGGUAUAAACUAAAUGAGAAAAAAUGAGAUCUAAUUUUACAUUAUCAGGUCUGACAAUGACCUAACACCCAGUAAAGUCCUCAUCUCUCAUUAUACUUUAGCAUUUAUAGUUAUUAUCAAAAGGGGGUAAAUAGUACAAGGUCCUUUAAACUUUCUGCUUUAUUUAAAUAGGGAACAUAAGUAUUCCAUGUUCAUGUUACAUCCAUUGGUCCCAUAGUCUAUUAGUAACAGUUAGAAGCUGUGCGUCCAACCAAAUGUCUCCCUGAUCUGCAUUUUGUGCAUAGAGAACAGGUAUCCAUUUCAUACCCAGAUCCGACGUAUUGCUUCCAUUUAUUUUCUAAUACAAAUAUUGACAGGCAUGAUGUACAUUUGCUUAUGACCAAUCCUGAAGCAAUAAAGCCUUUAAAAUCCUAAACUAGGCUUAGUUUCCCUGUGUUAUUUCAUAUUGUGUCACGUGUUACAUUAUUAUAGUGAAAACACUUAGUAAAGCUCUAUAAGGUCACAGAGUAACAAAGGCACAUAUUAUGGUAAAAACAAAUUAUGAAACAAAGUUUAAAAAAAAUAAAAAAUCAGACAAACCAAAAAUAAUUUGGCUGAAUAGUAAUACUUUUUGCCAUUAUAAAGAGUGGCACCAAUCUUAUUAUAACGUAUCUUUCCUCAACUAUCAAUACAUCCCUAAUGUAUAUACUGUAUAAUUGCCUUACAUAUCAAAUUUGCGUUAUGUUUCUUUAUGAUGAUGCGGAGUGUUACUUUAUAGAGAAUAUAUAUUUGUGCAGGCAUCUCUUGCGUUCUACAUAUCUAUCAAGGUUGCAUCCAGUCCAGAUAAAGGCAAAGUUAUCUUUUGCCAUGAUUCUAGUGCCUGCACUGUAACUACAAAGCUGUACAUUAGAAAAUGAGAGGCAUUGCCUCCCAAUAAAUUUCAGGUCACAGGCUAUGAGAGGAAUUUAGUAAUUUGCAAGUCCUAUGCUACAAGAGUGUGUGACAGGCAUGUCUCCCUCCUUCUUGUCCAACAGUCAGGCAACCCUGCAUCUCUCCCUUCUGCCAGUUACACAAACAUGAGUCUCAUUCUCUGUUUAGAGGAGGGCGCACAAUACUUAUCUAUUAUAUAAUGAGGCGAGAGAAAAGAUUGGGACGGAGCCAUUUUGUCCACCCAACACACACAGGACCCUCUUAUUGUGUCUGCUCAAUCCAGCUAUGAAUGGCAUUAUUGUGUCUGAGAUCCUAUUCAUACCUCUCUAUACUCACCCCAUCCCCCUUCUCUCUUCCCUCCGUUGCCUCUCCUAACCCCCCCUCACCCUCUCUAGGCUCCUGGCGGCUCAGCCGGCGUGCGUGGAUAAAUUAAUAUGAAUUUGAAAAGGGUCUUGUUUUCCAAUGACAUGUCCUCUCCACUUUCUCACGAUGAGGGCUGUUGGGGGUGGAAAUGGCAGUGGAGGAGGAGAUGUGGGGAGCUAGGUCUGAUUCAACGUCAUCUGUUGUGGAUAAUUCCUAUUCCUGGCCUUGUUUGGUGUAUUUAUCAUCAAGAUUAAGUCAAGGACCUAUUCUGGUGAAUAGAACAGUAAAUACAUUCCGUAUUCUGAAAAUGAUUUAAGAAAGCAUUUGAGGCAUGUAAUUCUACUAUGAAACAUUAUAAACACAGCAAAUGAGAAAGGACCAAAGAGGUUUAAAGAGCAGUAGUUAUUAUACAGAAAGUAUGCAUGAAGCUAUAAGAGGAGUUAUAGGGAGGGGAGGUUAUGUUUGUACUACAGGGAGAGGUGUAUGGCGCAGUAGGAGGAGUUAUACAGACGGUUUAAAAUGUGCUAAAAGCAGAAGAAUUAGAAAAUGGUAUAGCAAUAACCCACACAUUUUAAAUAGCAAAAUACGCGUGCUGAGGCCAGUUACCUCUGCGGCACUUAUUAAUGGCUGGCUGUAUGAAAAGUAGACCUUCAGACUGAAUAUGACUGCCACACAACUGGCCAUAUUGUUGAAAUAAUGAGAGAUAGAAAGCUUGGUAGUUAUGGAGGGGAGCCGUAUAAAAUGAAAAAGAUAAGGUUUGAGCCUGCAAGCAUAUGAGAGAAAAAGAAGGUUUAUGUAAAGAGAAUGGGAAAAGUAAAACAAAAAAAUCUGGACCAAAAAAAAGAAUUAAGGGCAGUAUACAAUGAAAAUGGAAAAUAGAAAGAGGAACGCUAAAUAGAAUACAAAGAAACACAUAUUAAAAUGCAUUUAUAUUGUUUCUAUAACAUAGAAUGCACUAAUUCACCAAUUGUAUUGUGUAAUUGGAAAGACAGCUAGUGUGCACUUAACCAUUGUGAGAUGUAACACAUUACUCAAACUGUUCUCUUACUGUAAUACUGAAAAUUACAAAUCUCGGGUAACACAUAGCUACACAAUCAAAUGUUUUCCGAUACCCAGAUUGUGCAUGUGCUAUUGUGUCCUAGGAAUGUGUAUGCUGUAUAUAGGUUUAAUUAGAAGACACUGUUUGUUUUACUCAGCUAAUACCCACCAUCAUCGAAUGUAUAAAAAUUAUGUUAACAAGCAAUAAUUUGUCCUCUUUAUUUAUAGGCUUGAUGUGCAAAUAUAGGAUGUUUCAUCACAGAAUCUCCGUGGGAUACAUUAACAUCGCUGCCAACAAUAUAACUACAGAUGAGCUUUAUUGAAUGUCAUCCUACCUGUCAAAUAGCCAUCCAAGAUUAAAACAAAAGGAUGUGAAGAGCUAGUGAAAUAAAUCAGAAUGAACAUACAUGGUACCGCAACAAUUUCAGUAAGUAAAGUUGGCAAGGCAAGAUCAGAGGAAAAUGAAAGUAAAUGCGUGACUUUGUUAAACAUGGCAAAAACACUCUUGGACAAACUGAUGAAUUAAGCUUGAGUGUUAGGCGUCUCAUAACACGAGUAGCCACAUCUGACUAUAUAUUAACAAAGGAAGCAGUAUUGUAGUAGUCAUUGUCAAGUUGGCUUUUCACAGGAGGUAAGAGCAAACUAACGAGGGUGGGAAUUUCUACAAGGCCAGUACACAUAAAUUAAAAUUGAGAAAAAUGAUCUAUACAUUGCGCUAAUAGAGACGAUGUAUCAAAUUUUGGUCACUUUCUAACCUGUCAGUCAGUUGUCAGCACAGAGUUGCCAUAAACCUUUAUGCUGACAAGUGAGUGACAGAGGAGACCAGGAGAACCAUCCUACAGACAGUUCUCCUGCUCUUUGUCAAAUAUAUUACCCUCUGUAAGAACAUCCCACGUGAUGUAAUUCUACUCUGGUUCUGAUGUGCUGGCAGUGGAGCCAGCAUGUUGCCGUUGUUAGUGAGAAUUGUCCUGCUUGGGGAAAGGUCCCCAAGUAUAUCCAACCAUAUCAUGAGAAGUACAAGAUGUAGGCAUUACUAUAACGUCCAUGAUGCUGAUGAGACGGCUGCCCUGUUGCCACUGGGUAGAAGGUAAGUAUGACAUCUAGAAAGACAUUUAAAUAUAUUUUAUCACUGUAUAAACAAUAUAUAAUUAAUGCAUAUGAAGAAUACAUUAGUUAAAGUGAACCUGUCAUGGCAAGAGGUUUGCACAUUUGCAGCAAACGUGAAAACGAGAGAUCAGUAAAUUCUCAUUUUAUAUUCUAUAAGGGAGUUGACUCUAGCCAGGAGUACCCCUUUCACCCUCUUAGCUGCAGUAAGACAAUGUUGUAUUAAGAAGGUUAACUUAACCAUAGUAAUGUGCUCUUUUAAUGAGCAGCAUUGUAGCGCUUGCAUUACCUGUAUGUAAAACCUUUAUUUCCAUGGCAACAUCUUCAUUCAUGAAACAAUACUGUAUCAACUUGAGCUGCCUGAGGGUGACAAUGAAUGAUAAACAGAAUAUAUUUUAUAUUCUUGUUCACAAUUUUCUGCUAUGUAAAUGCAUACUGUUGCCCACUAUUUAAAAAAGAAAAAAAAAAGUCUUGAAUUUUUAUGUGGCUGAUGCUGAAAUAAUGCUAAAUCUUGAAAAGCCAGCAUUGUGGGUAUAGUCACAAAAAACAAACUGGCAUAAAUACACUGGGCGUUUGAUUGACUGACUGGUGUUGAGUUGCCGUGAUAACACUUCUUCUUGAGCACAUUACUUACCAGAUGAGGUAGAUACGGGUACACUUUACAAUAUUUCAACUCUUAAACUAGAUAUGUAAUCUGUAAUCACCAUUUUCACCACGUGUUAUAGUCAUAUAAUGGUUUUCAAAGAUGAAAGGCUUGUUUUAAUUUAUACAAAAGAAAAACAAUAACACAGCAUGCUUCAAAUAGUUUUGCAAAAGUGCUACUGUAGGACUAUAAAGAAUUCCUUUGCAGGUGUAAUUGUAAGAUGCUUCCCAGCUUGACUGUUGUCUCAGUUUUCCCCGUGACAUCCAGACAGCUAGGUGUGGUCACUCCACAGGUGCCUUACAGGGGAAUUGAAUUCUGUAUCCUAAGCCAUCUUUUCUGCCUCUGAGCCACUUCAGAACUUAUGGUUCUAGCGCUGUUUACCAGGUAUUGUCUGCAGCACUGGGGGCUGGACUUCACCUGUGGUGCUGUCUGUCACUCUAAGUCCACCUGAGGCAGAGUACUUGUUAUCCACGUAUAUAACACUGCCUCUCCCUGAGGGCAGUAUCAGUUUGUUGUUUCCUGUUGCCUAAGACUGACUUAUAUUGUAACCCCUGCUUGUGGAAAUAUUCGUUAUUGCCUGUCUGCUGCCUGCCCUGAUCUUUGGAACCAUGCCUGACUACUCUGCUGGAUUUGCCCUCGUCUGUUUCCUCGUACCCAAUUAUUGUUCCUGUCUAAGCCCCCGUGCACAGAUUUACAGCCCAGGUAGCCUCUUACCUGGUUACCAUGGGUUGUGUUUAUCUGCAAGGGUGAGCAUACAUGUCUGCACUUUGGACUCCAACCAAGGUAAGAUUGUGACAUAAACUGACCCUCAUGGAGUCUGCAGAGAUGUGGAAGCUGCUUACCCAGCCUGGCCCAGACUGUUUCGGAGCUGCAGCGAGAAGUUCAAUUUCUUAAAGGCACAGUACGUCCAGAAGUUGCAGACUAAGAGUCCUAUCCUUGACAGUUGGGGGUCCUUCAUGACUGCUAUGGACUCGCAGUGCAAAACCUCUAGUAAAACUACUGCGCCAAGGCCUGCUCCACGUUCCAGAGGAUCACAGAGACCGGGAGAUCCAGUACCAACACCACACCUCCUUGUUGCCUCCUUAUGAUCCGGUUCAUAGGAAGACUCCAGAGGUAUCCAAUGUUCCUUUUUUGACUCAGAGGAACCUAUGGAAAUAGGACUCGUCCAGAUCAAAGUGACGCAUGAAGAAAGAGACGGGAGGAGAAGCCAUGGUCUCUGUUUUUACUGUGGAGAAAGGAGACACUUCAUCUCUCAUUGCCCUGUUCGCCCACCAAGGCCUCCAGCUCUCUGACUGGCUACUACCUUUCUUCAUCCUAUAAGCUCGGCAUACCAGCUUGUAAGACUUCAAAGAUGCUGUCAUGCCUUUUUGCUUGGCCUCCCUGUAAGAAUAUACACCUCCUGCUCCAGAGACGUCUGCACCUUCUCCUGAAGACACUCCAGUUAAAGCCAGUGCCAUCACUACUUCCUGUCUUUUCAAAGAAGGCCUACCUUCGGCUUGUACCUAUGCCUUAAAUGGUACUAAAGUCUGCAAAAAGGAUUUGAAAAUGUUCGAGAAGGCAUUGCAAGCCAUGAACUCCACUCCUGUUUAUGUACCAAAGGCAAAAAUUUCAAAGUAUGUGCCUUCUGGAAUUGAAGUACUCACCACCUGCGCCCAGAUCAUCAAAGACCUUGACCACUCUCCAGUGGUACCAGAAGCUGGUACUAUGGAGCCCCAUGCUCUCUGAGAACUCUGAUAUCAAGAAAUAUUCUUCUACGGAUAGCGAAUCCAACAGUGAGGAGGAGUACUACAUCUACAAAGAACCUGUUCACGCCUGGAGGGUGUUCUUGAAGGGGGGGAUACUGUCACAGUUCUCUCCGUGCCAUCCAGACGGCUAGGUGCCUUACAGGGGGAAUUGAACCUGGGUCCUUCUGUAUCCGAAGCCAUCUUUCCUGCCUCUGAGCCACUUCAGAACUUAUGGUUCUCGCCCUGUUUACCUGGCAUUGUCUGCAGCACUGUGGGCUGGACUUCACCUGUGGCUGCUGUCUGUCACUCUAAGUCCACCUGUGGCAGAUUACUCAUUAUUCAUGUAUAUAACUUCCACUCCCUGAGUGCAGAGUCAGUUCAUUGUUUCCUGUUGCCUAAGACUGACUUGUGACAAUAUUCGUUAUUGCCUGUUUGCUGCCUGCCCUGACCUUUGGAACCGUGCCUGACUACUCUUCUAGGUUUGCCCUUGUCUGUUUCCUCGUACCCGGUUAUUGUUCCUGACUAAGCCCCCGUGCACAGAUUCACAGCCCAGGUAGCUUCUUACCUGGUUACCAUGGGUUGUGUUUAUCUGCAAGGGUGAGCAUACAUCUCUGCACUUCGGACUACAACCAAGGUAAGAUCGUGACAACUGUCACUUAAUAAUUUGUUUGUAGGUGUUUAAUAUUCACUGACUGCAAGUCCCGCUGACCUACUAUUGCCCACCCUUGACUACAAACUUCACUACCGUCCUCCUACUGCUGAUGCUCUGAUAGUUACUGACAUAAUCAGAUGUAUAGGGGUUUAUGGGAUGGAAAUGUGAAACAGACAGCUUAAAGAUACAGAGUGGACGGGGUAAAUUGGGUUCAAUUCAUUGUGGGCCAACUGUAUAACACAUAUAUUUGAAAGAAGACUUUAUAGACUGGUAAAGGCAUUUUUACAGUCUAGGUUGGUAUAUUGUGUGACAUGGAUGACAUUUAGUCUGAAUGGGCAUGUAGUAUGCCACAGAUGACAUUCAGGGUAGAAGGGUAUACAAUGUGACAUGGAUGGUGUUUAGUCUGGGAUGGUAUACACUGUGACAUGGAUGAUGGUAUACAAUGGGACAAGGAUUAUGUUCAUUAUGAGACGGUAUACAGUAUGACACUGGGAUGGUAUAUCAAGUCCAUGCUCAUGUCUGCAAGAAUCAAUGCAAUUGAUCUGUGUCACAUGCUAGGGUACGAAUCAGUGUGUGGCAUGGAUCAAUUAUGUGAAAUCUAGAGAAAUCCUGAAAAGUGACUUGAAGGUGGUGCAUGUUGUAUUUAUUGUAAGGAAUUAGAACAGAUAAUUUUAUACUGGUUGGGUAGAAUAAAUGAAAACAUUUGGGCCAUUUUCCACCCUUGGGUAAGGAUAUGACAGGGCCAUACGUAAGUGCAAAGGGCCUUAAUUCAGAGUCAAAAUGUCUUCCGUGACUCCUCUUUAGAUCUAUAUGUUUCCACCAGUUUAGGUUGCUUGUUUAUCAUAAAACACGACUAUAACUAUGCAUACCAAAAAAAAAAACUUUACCUGUUUGUUAAUUAAAAUUUCAUUGGUGAUGUAAAAUGGACCCUUUUUACUAAAAAGGACAGUUCUAGUAAAAUUACUACACUAAUUACUAUUCUCCUACCCUGGUUUGCACAUACAGGGGGAGAUUUAUCAAAGUAUUCUGAAAAGUAUAUAUUUUUUUGUUCUUGAAUCAGUUUGUAUUUAUUAGCUUUCAUUUAAAAAAAAAAAAAGCCUAAAGAGUGUCAGCGUUUUUUCUGCUUAUAUUCUGUCACUUCUUUCUAAAAUAUCAAUUUCAGUAAAUACUGCCAAAUGUAGAGUGGCGGGAAAAAAAUAGAUCUCUUUUAGUUGAAAAAUUAGAGAGAUAGAGAUAUAUAUAUACACACACUGAUUAAUCAAAAAAUGGCAAUAAAUAACUACAGACAAAAAAAACAAGUUUGAUAAAUUGUGCAAAAAAUAUAUAUUUAAAAAAGCACCAAAAAGGUCCAAGUUGGCUGCAGCACUUUGAUAAAUCUCAAAUUCUUGUAUCUUUUUCAGAGACAGGCUGCAAAAGUUAUUAAAAUAUGCUGUCCUUACCUCCUCUGCACAUUCAAAGUACGCUUUCGAUUUCAUCCUCCAUUAUACAUGGGAUCUUGAUAAAUUAGGAGCAGGAUGGCUCAAUGGUUUAAACAUUUGCCUACCCUUUCUAAUGAAUGAUGUCCUUCAUGUUGCUUACUAUGAAAUGACACUAAAAAAAACAACAAACUAGGUUUAUUUUCACCAAGUUUCCUAUUUGCAAUGGAACAUAAAGAUCCUAACAAACAUUUACCUGCGAUCAAACGUCAAGGCCACUGCCUAGUUCUCCCUGCAGCCCGUAAUCCACCGUCUAUCAACGUCACUGUCGCUCACUGGAGGGACAUUCCGGAGGAUGGUUGAGGGUAGGACUUGGGCAUAUGGCUAUUCAUUGUUUGUUGGAAACAUGCGAUGAGUGCUGAUGACCAGUAUGCACACACACUGAACAGACUUAACAAAUUAGCCAGCUUGGAUUUCUAAAGUUUGGCUUACUAAAGGUGGAGCUACAUCUGUGGCAGCAAUGUGCAUUUUCUCUGAAAUGCUGCACAUGCAGACUCCAAACACCAUGACCACUUCAGAUCACUGUAGUGGUCAUGGUGCUUGGAGUAAACAACAAGGUGAAGUUGAUUACUUACUUUUGAUAUUCGUUUAUUCGUUUAGUAGAUUUAAUCUUUUUAUUUUGUUCUAUAUUUCUAAGCUAUGAUAUUUGGUGGUUAUUGAGAUAUCCUUAUGGGUCUUUAAAACAAAAAAAAGUAGAAACAGAAUGAGAAUUAGCUCAGCCCGAUACAUUUACUUGUAAGGUACACUCAUAUCAUGGUUUGAUGUCGAAGUAUACUUAUUGUAUCGGUGAAUUUUGUCUAUUGCUAUUCUCAAUAAAAUUGUUAAUUUUAAAAAAGUGUUUUUUUUUGUUUUUUUUUUAAACUUAAAGGACCACUAUAGUGCCAGGAAAACAUACUCGUUUUCCUGGCACUAUAGUGCCCUGAGGGUGCCCCCACCUUCAGGGUCCCCCUCCCGCCCGGCUCUGGAAGGGGGAAAGGGGUAAUAACUUACCUUUUUCCAGCGCUGGGCGGGAAUCCCUUCUCUCUCCUCCGUUCCUCCUCCUGGGCUGAAUCGCGCAGCGGCAAGAGCUGUAGCGGCGGCCCGUCGCCUGGAAAGCAUUUACAAUGCUUUCCUAUGAACGCGCUGCGUCUUUCUCACUGUGAAAAUCACGGUGAAACACUUAUAGCGCCAAUGGCAUGCCGUGAGACAGCCACUGGAGAAUAGAAGGCAACCCAUUUCAUAAAGUAGCAGUUUCUCUGAAACUGCUAUAAUUAUGAAAAAAUGGGUUAACCCUAGCUGGACCAGGCACCCAGACCACUUCAUUAAGCUGAAGUGGUCUGGGUGCCUAGAGUGGUCCUUUAACAGAAACAGGUGCUCUUUGCAAUUAUUUGUGAACACCUAUAGUCAGUAGUAUAUGCAAUCAUCAAGUGUUAGAUCCCCAAGUGUUGCAGAACUACAACUCCCAUGGUGCUUUGUUUGCCUUUAGAAUGACAAAGCAUCAUGGAAGUUGUAGUUUUAAAACACCUGGGAUCUCCCUUUUGGACACCCCUGUGUUCGAUUUAAUUGUAUUGGACUCCAGAGUGGGCGAGGAGGGUGGCAUGGAUUACAAAUAUAGAAUAAGGGGGUUCUAGUAAAUGGUGUAGCCUUAGUGCUACAACCUAUCCCUCCAUCUAUCUACUACUUUAUCUCUCUCGAUCCAUUCCACCUGCAUGACAUGCUAAUUCAAAUGUCAGUCCUAUGCCUCUCAUCAGCACACACAUGUAAUGCAUGUAGAGGGGAUUACCUCCCGCCCUCCUUUAUUUCAUCCCUCCCUUUCUCCAUAUGCCCUGUUUAAAAAAAAAAAAAAAAAAGUUACAUUUCACCAGAUCACGCCCUUCCCCGGCUCAGACAGCAUUGCGCUCUUCGCAGAUUAAAAAGUCCAUCAGUUCAUUUGAUCGGACCUCACGAUGGGGGAUUGGUGAGCAGGCCAGGUGUUGGCUUCCAGGAAAGUUAUAGCUUAAUUUUAUGUUAUUUUACAGUUUAUGUGAGAGAGACCUAAAGAAUAAUUCCCAAUAGGCAUUAUACAUUUUUUUUUAAAAAAUUACAAAGGCAGAAAAGGGUUGUAGUAAUACCUUAAAGGAACACUAUAGGGUCAGGAACACAAACAUGUAUUCCUGACCCUAUAUAGUUAAACCCGCCCCAUUGGUCCUCCUAAAUAUUGCAAAAUCUUACCUGUGCUCCAGUCUGCUGCUGCUGGCUCUGCCCCUGAUCAGCCUGCUUGGGUGAUAUCAGCAGAAGUGUUGAUCUGAGCCAAUCGCAAUGCUUUCCAAUAGGAAAGCAUUGGAUUGGCUGAGCUUGUUAAAGAGGCAGAGCCAGCACAAGCCAAACACAGCCCUGGACAAUCAGCAUCUCGUCAGAGAUGCAUUGAAUCAAUGCAUCUCUAUGAGGAAAGUUCAGUGUUGCCAUGCAGAGGGUGGAGACACAGAAUGGCAGUACUGCAGUGUGCAGCACUGCCCCAAAAGCACCUCUUGUAAAUAUCUGAGGAGUGUCCACUGGAGGUAUCACUAGGCUGUAAUGUAAACACUGCCUUUUCUCUGUGAAAAAAAGUGUUUACUGCAAAAAGCCUGAAGGGAAUGAUUAUACUCUCCAGAGCAAUUACAAGAAGGUGUAGUUGUUCUGGUGACUCUAGUGUCCCUUACGUAACUCCCUAAUGCCUGUGUACUGUGAGUCUGACAAUGGGAAAUAAAAAAUAAAUGUAGGUGGGCACACAAACAAUGAGUAGACCAAACCCAGUAAUUUGUAUAUAGAAUAUUCUGAAAUGCUAGGGGUUCCAUGCCAUACUCAUUUCAUUGUCACAUAGAAUCCAACACUUCAAACGUCUAACUGGGACACUUUCAUUUUGCAGGUUAUAACGGUUAGUGUAACGAUGGGCAUAAUAUGAUAUUAAACGGUAAAUGGACCAACUUUGAAACUGCUGGUUACCCAGCACAUUACCCAGUUGCAGAGCAGCAGUGUAACAAAUCUUACCUGUUUAUCAUUUCCAGGCUACAGACAUGAUAGAGAGACCAAUUACACUCCCCAAAUGUGUUUCUUUAAAUAUAUCUAGACAUGUUUUAUUCCUAUCUACUCGUCUUCUUUUUAACUCCUUUUUUCCUGAGAAAACAUCUUUGUUCUCAUUUUGUGUUAGAGCCUUGCUUCACAAUUUCCCCCCUUUCAGCCCUAAGAAAUGUCUCCCCUACUUUUUACAAUAUAACCCAUUGAAUUUCCACUGUGAUAUAAAGUGGCAUUUCUUCCCUGGGGAAGCAGAAAGGAUUUAUAGUCUAUAUCCUCCCAAGUCCCUUCAACGCCCCCAGCCCCCGACUGACCUAGAAACUAUCCGACCCUGAAUAACACAGCCUGCCUUCAGUAUUCACACAUUGCAUAUAUAUCUCCAAACAUUUAUAUGUGUGUAACUAUUUGUACACAUGGAGGUUUGGCAUACGUAUAGCUGGAUCCUACUAGUGAUGAUUAAUAAUUAAAGUAACAGACAGUAUUUAAUUUGAAAUUUUAAACAAACACACAUAUAUAUUUUUGCUGAUUGGGUCCCCUGGUCUGUAUCUGUGUGCCUAUUUGUUGCUGGCUAUAAAAUGCAGAGGCCCAAUUAUUUUAGAUCCAAAAUCACUUUUUUUUUUGUUUGUUUUUUUAAGACUUUUGGAAAAAAUUGAAUUAACAGAAACUGGGAUUGCACUUACAUUUAUUUUAUAUUCUAAAUCUUUUUUUGUUGUUGUGAACAAUUAUGUUUAUAAUAUUUACCUGUAUAUUAAAGGGUUACUUCAACCCUUUUUACUUCAUAUUUUAUGUCUACCCUAUUACUAAAUAUAUAAGAAAAGGUUUAAUUACCUAAAAUGCAGCGCCGGUCAAAGCUCUGUGUGGCUUUUCACAUCCUUUUGUGACAUCAUGGGAGCCACGCAAGGUCUAAUCAAAGACUUCUCUUAGAGUAGCCUUUGGACCAGAGCGCAAACUCUGGGCCGGCAAGUGGAAGGGGAGAGAGAGUGGGGAGGGAGACAGGGAUGGAGGGAGAAUGGCAAACUUAUAUAAAAAAAAAAAAAAAAAAAAUCCCCUAAGCUGAUUGGUUAGGUAGGACGGCUUCAAAAAAGAAGAGUUGUCAACAUGCAGUGCACAUUAACGACUGACAAAUUUUAUGCACAGAAUUGACUUUAGGCAGAGUUCUGGGCUGCCAAAGUCACUUGUGUGUGCUGGGGGUGCAACGAGCCCCAGUACACACUUGUCAAUAUCUCAGUCUGUGCAGUGUUUCAACCUGCCACCAUAACCACUUCUAAAAGUAGAAGUGGUCAUGCUGGUUGGAGUAAACCUUUAACUGUAAAACUGCCAUUUGUUAAGCUAGUAUGUUAUGUCCUUUGUGCCAUCCUAUAAGAACAACUUCAUUUGUACUCCUCUAUUACACAGGUGGAAAUAGGUCUAUCUAUUCACUAAUUAGUGAGGUGUGGCAAGUGAGCACAAACACUAAAAUAGCAAAUUUAGUCAAGCUGGAGAUUUCACUAGGUCUACUGUUCUCCUGAGUUAAUUUUGUCGGCUAACAAUUUUAGUCAAAUGUUAGUCAACAAAAACUAGACUAGAACUAACACAAUCCAGAUGACUAAAAUUACAUUUUAGUCAAAAGUCUAUGACUAAAACUAAAUAAAAAUGUGCCGCCAAAAUUAACACUGCACAGAGGAGUUGUGGAAGGGGCUUCCCAGGGCUUGUGAGAGGCACCUAGAUGGACUGGGAGGACACAAAGAGGGACUGGGGAGGGGCAAGAGAGACAGAGUUUUAACUAAAACCAUUAUAUUUUAGUUGUGUCGACUAAAAUCUCCAGUAGAUCCUGGAGAUUUAGUCUACUAAAACUAGACUAAAUCAAUUCAGAUGACUGAAAUAUGACUAAAACUAAAAUGUCUUUUAAGUUAAAAGACUAUGACUAAAUUAAGAUUUGCCGUCAAAAUUAACACUGCUGUUUUCAGUUCACCACAAGCUGAUGUUGAAAGCAUUGGUAGUUCAUAGCCAAAAGGAAACUAUUCUGUAAACCUCAGGUUUGUUUUGAACAGGGGUGCCCAAAAGGUAGAUCCCCAGUAUAACGAGUCACCUGCCACCCUGACUGGGUACCUCCAUUGAUGGAUGCUCCUAGCACUUCUUGAGGAUUCCAAACACUCUAACCAACACCACAGGCCAAACCUCUCUUCCUUCAGAGCAAAGCAGGUACAAGCUCUUAAAAGAGCUUAGGAGUGACUAUAGCACGGGAAUAUGCAAAGCAAUCCCUUGUAUCAGAUUCCCCCAAUAACAGACAGGACUUCAAAUUGAGAGUGAAGUAGAACUGUCUAAAACUUAAUUUUCCUUGGGACUAGGCCAUAUGGUCAUUACAUUAACAUUGCUGUGAAAACUCAAUAAAAAUUACAGUCAAUAAAAUUACAGUCAAAUCAAAGCAGGCAACAUACAGUGACUUAUUAUAACACAAUGGCAUAUUUUUAAAGAGGUGGGGGAGACAAUAAUUAACAGAAAAUAUCUCACGUGCCUGCAGAAUUAGCAAUAUGCAAAUCUACCCAAAUAUGCAAAUGAACCAGUCUUGCUAUUCAGGUAGUGUGUAUUGCUGUUGCUACCAACAGAGGGCACUAGACAAGCUCCAUAGCCAAAUCCACCUAGUUGGUGGCAAACAGCAGUACAGGAGAGCAGGCAAUACAUCCCAGGGGCCAUAGUCACAUGGCAGGAGGCUGGCAAUCAGCCUUCUCCAAUGGCCAGUGGCGAGGCUGGUUCCGCCACACCCAGAUGUUGUAGAACUACAACUCCCAUGACGCUUUGCAUGCUUUUAGAAUGCCUCUAGAAUGACAAAACAUCAUCGAUGCUGUAAUUUUAAAACAUCCUGGGAGCUACCUUUCGGGCACUCCUUGUUUAGAACAAUCCAUUUACUUUAUCAGACUAGUAAUCAAGGCACAGUGAUGCUAAAAAAAAGAGUGAUAUACUUUGGUUUAACUGGAGAUUCUCCCUACUUGACACAGCAAUGCGCACUAUCUGGUAAAUGAAACAGCCAGGAGAUCAAUCACUGAAAAUUAUUAAACACGUGCAAAAUAGCUGAACAUACAUUUUUAGACUACAAUAAGCAUUAUACACUUUCUCACAUAUGUGCAAUGAGUUGUUAACAAUAAGCACCUAUUGGACAUUGCACAGAAGAUGCCUGUUCUCAUCCCAUGUCGCAAAUGGCUGCUGAUGAGAGAGCAUUAUGAGGCAGACGAAAGCUGUUUGAAUCUCAUUGUUUUGCAAAAUUCGAAUUGUAGCUACAAAAAGGUAAUCCUUGGCUUUGCUUAAGAUAUAUUUUAGCUGGAACACAGUCCAUUCCGUUUUUUUUUUUUAUAAAGAUUUUAGUACAACUGAUUUGCAUUCAAUGUACUCCUCUAUGGUAAGCCUGAUGCACAUGGCAAAACAACUGCACUUUAAUUAAACAUUCCCUUGCUUAUCACAGACCACAAAUGUUUUACAGUGGAGAGUUACAGCUACUGUAAUUGAAAGAACUGUUCUAUUAAUAUAGGAGUACAUUUUUAUAGAAUUACAAUAACACGGUGAGCCAGAUUUCAACAACACAAUGCAAUAUUUUAGUCUGACUAAAAUAUCAAUCAGAAAAAGUACCUCCCAACAUUUGAGACAAAGGGGGACACUUUAAUUUUAGAGGUGCGAGUGGGGGUGUGACCAGGGACUGGGCUGUUUCGAGAAAUUUUAGGUGACUUAUUAACAAUUAAUGCAACUACAAUGUAAUUUAGAAAAUAAAUAAUUGUAUCUUAUUUACACAGACUGAUUUCUAAACACAUUUAAUGUAGUUUAAAGAUGCAUUACUGGGGAUAUUAUUGCUUUGCAGCUCUGUUAUAUACUCAGACAGACCAAAAGUGGAGGCUCAUCCAUAGAGGCACUUCAGGCAGUAGGGACUACUUUGUCUCUGUAUUUCUCCUCCAUCUGACUUUCUAAGACUCAAGGCAGAGUCUAAGAGUCAAUCCCGACCCCUGCACUAUGGCAUAGUUGACUUCCAUACCUAAGAUUCUAGAACUCUCUUCCCACUGGGCCUGGUCACUCCUCUAGUUAGAUGUCUCCUAUAAGACUUGUGUUUGUGAACAUGGAAACCAGGAAAUCGAUUUUUAUGCUCUCGGAACACCGGGGCAGUUCAUAUAUAUUGCUUCUUUACCUGCUAUGAUGUCUAAUAUGACAAACAUUUCCAUUGUUAUGAUAAAAAUUUACGGCAAUUCCUGUGGAACUCGAUUCCCUUCUCCAUUAGAUGCUCACCCAAUCUCCACUCCUUCAAAAAAAUUGUUAAACGUAAUGUUAAUAGCUCCCAAUUAAUUCCUCUCCUGCCACUGUCAUUAAAAACACACUAAGAUUUCAGUGAAUACUAUUCUACAAAUCCACUUCUCUAAUACUAUCCUUACCUUCUGUGUCACUAUACCCCACUCCCUCUAGCAUGUAAGUUCAUUGAGCAGGGCACUCAAUCCCUCUGUUUCUGUGCAUCCAACUUGUCUGGUUACAAUUACAUGUUUGUUAGUACACCAUUGUACAGUGCUGCACAAUUUGUUUGGCGCUUUAUAAAUAUUAAUAAUAAAAGCAUCCGGGUUUAAAAGGGGGACUGUCUCUCCAAAGAAUAAGACAAAUAGGCUGCAAAGAAACAUGUGGGGGCCAACCUCAUAUUGCAUACUAGAACACAUCAUAAUUAUAACCUCCUUGUGCUUGAUUUAUUGUUGUGUAUACAUAUAUCUUAAAAAUUUUCAAAUUAAUUCAUAUGGUUACAUCAUGUGUGGGGUAGCUUGAAGAGGAACUGUUACCUCUAAUUUACAGUUACAGUUGCAAACUUGUAUUUUUCACAUGAAGGUGGGCAUUGUUUACCCAUCAUACAAAGGUUCCUCACUCAUUAUUUAACCCCUUAAGGACACAUGACAUGUGUGGCAUGUCAUAAUUCCCUUUUAUUGCAGAAGUUUGGUCCUUAAGGGGUUAAAGGGAUUACUCUGGACUGGAUGUGUUCUCUUGUGACUGACCCUCUGUAAUUGUUUUCUAUCUCUAUUGUUUUAGAUCACAGGAUAGAGGGUUUUUUUUUUUUUUUUUUACCCAUCCAGACUUUUUCCACAACACCCACAGCCAACAAAGGCGAGCCCUUCUUGGUAUGCAUUGCAUGUUAGCGCACAGGAAACACUGCCAGGGUUAUUUACUAAAUUGAGAUUUCAAAGGGAAUUUAAAAUUUAAGGCCUGAGCAGGAAGCAUCGCCGGCUUGUUCUUUGAAUGGUCACUUUAUUGAAAAACCCUGUGUAAAAUCACAUUGUAGCAGGGGAAUUAAGCCAGGAAGUACUCUACCCCAUAAUCUUGCUGAAGUCUUGUAUAUCGUGGACAGUACAUACCAGUACUUUGAGGACAUGCUAACAGACACACAUCAGGGCAAUCCUUCGCACUCUUGCGAUAUCACUGACCCUUAGUGGGGUAUGAUGUAGCAGCCUAACCUCUAUACAUAUGGGAUGCCCCUGAUAUUGUAUGCAGGAAUGCUGAAUAGAAAAACCUUUAGCUGCUAGCUUAAAAUUACUACCCUUAAUCCAGAGAUUAAAUUCAGCAUCAUUUGUUUUCUAUUUCUAAUAAACGCUAUUAUUAAUUACAGAUAAGACUCUCUGCUGCAGUGUAUGGCUGGAUAGUAAGACUGGUAGAGACAGAUACAAAUGGGAGUUCUUGCUCAUAACAGAUUAGAAUCUAGGAGCGUUCAGAAUGCCCAGUCUAAUCUACUGACAUAGUCACAAGGAAAUGUGUCUUAUUUUUUAUUAAUAGGUACUCUGAGAGCCGCUUCUGCUGACAGGUGUCCUGCAAGUUAUUGCAAGAAUGCUAUCCAUGGUAGCCCAUCAUGGUGCGUGUUUAUGUAUGUGUCUGAUGCAGUUUAUCAGAUUGUUUAUUAGUGUAUUCUCACGGUAUGGUGGUCAGGUUCUAGAUGCCAUGUUGUCCAUCAUUCACCACAUUUUUGAAUUAAAGAGUUAUGGAUUAGGACUCAUCCAGCAUUGAGAUUAGAAAUAUCUGUGAAAUUACAUCACAAGAUAUCACGCACAUGUUUACUAGAAGACAGGUAAAAUAAGGGCAUGAAAUAAUCUGGAUGGCACAAAAUGAAAUGUAUGGACUUUUAGGACGGAUCAACUCCAAGAUGUAUUUUCAAUAAAGCUGUACAAAACUCAAUCAAUCUCUCUCGACCCUCUCUCGAAUCAGUCAGUGCUUUAUAGUUCCCCAUCUGCCUUUAAAGUUAAAAAAAAACAAAAAAAAAAAAGGUCUUGGAGUAAACCGGGAAAGAAUGUAUAUAUAUCUCUUUCCUGGUUUACUCCAAGACCAUCUCUUUUUUUUUUUAUAUGUAUGUAGUUCCGUCCUACCAGUUUAAGGAGUACUUGUAAAGCUCACUGGAUCUUAGUGGACUCUAGUCUAACCCAAUCUAUAUGUGGGUUUUUAUCUCUACCUGUUUUAGCAAGUUUCUGUAUUUAGAUGUAUUGUGUAACUUAUAAUAAAACUUUUAGCUGUUGAUAAGGAGAAGUUAUAAUGGGCGAGAGGUGAUGAAUUAAUUUGAAAAAUUUGAAGAUAUAAUUCAUGAAUUGUAGAGAGAUGUUGUUUGAAAUAGAUGGCAUUAUAUGGGAGGUUGUAGGAAACCAUUGGAGGCAAUUUUAUAUGGAGCUGGAGGGCUAUAUGAAGCAAUAUGUAAAGUUAUAGGUAGAGGUUAUAUGGAAGAAUGUGAAUUUGAUUUACAAGCAGAAAUAGUGAUACAUUAUUUUCCAGAGUUAUUUUGUUUGUAAACCAUGUAAUUUUCUUAACUACUGGUGCUCUAGGUCAUAACUAUUAUUUAUGGAAUUCAUUGGGGCUAAGGUGGAAAAUGAGGACAAUUACCUGCUUCCCAUUGUUCUGGCAUCCUACAAAAGAAGGGCUUUAAUACUGUUAGGGCAACAUUGCAUACCUUGACAAUCUGGUUCUUCCUCCAUCCAAAAUACUUGCCCUCCUCUACAAUCACAAUCAGGGGACUCGGAUCUGCUGGAUUGGCUGCUGGGGGGACUGCCUGGAUGGUCAGGCAUGUCCCCCGAUAUAUAAUGAUUUAAAAUCAAUUAAUUAUAUUACUAUAAUUCAUGACAGUCCAGCAGAAACAUCAGAGAAUUUAAUUUGCAAGCUCUAUAUUUGACCAUGUAACUUUCCAAAACCCCAUAAAACCUACACAUAGUGUGCAUUAUUGUACUCGUUGGCAGUGGUGUACUGCGGGGGAGGGGGCUGGGGGGGCAGUCCGCCCCGGUUGCCACCAGGUAGGGGGUGCCAUGAUCCUGGUCUGGGUGCUGGAUGUGUGAGCUGUGCCCCAUGGCAGCUGGGGGGGCCAGCGGCAGCCUUUGACUGUGUGACUGCCUGUGAUUGUGUGAUGCUGCCUGUAACUGUAACACAGGACCUGCCCCGGGUGCCAAAUGCUCUAGGUACGCCCCUGCUCAUUGGAUAUCACCACAUACUAAUAUGUGUGUUUUAUUGCAGUAAAAGCUAACAGAAUCAUAUUUAAACAUUUGAUGUAAAAUGAUAGCCCUAUUUCUCCCGUAUAAAAUAUAUAUAAGAAGUGGGUUCUUUUAACAUGAACGGUAACUUAUAGGUUGAACAGUCACAUAGCUCAAAUUCCAGGUUUUGUUUUGGGUCAGAACUUGAAGAAUUGUCUCUGUCCUUAAGGAGUUAAACAGUCUGCAUUUUGCAGCACACUCAUCUGCAGUGUAAUGUACUAGAUGCAGGGUUAGACAGCCUUUGGCACUCCAGGUGUUGUGGACUACAUGUCCUCUGAUGCUUGGCCAGCAUUAUGGAUGCAAGAGAACUAUGGGAUCUGUAGUACCCAACAUCUAGCAUGCUGAAGAUUGCCAACUCCUGCACUAGAGUAUACCCAUGGGGUCUGGACCAGUGGUCAUCCUUCUUUUAUAGAAUUAACUAAUAUUUUGCUUUUACACAACUCAAUAAAUGUCCAGUUCACACUCUAUAACUAAACCCAUACAGUAAUUUGCUAAUGCAUAAUGAAAAUUGUAGUUGGAACUUGUCUUAAUAGCUUUACAAAUUAGAGUCCAUUAUAAAAGCCAAAAUAGCCCCCUUGAUGCGUAAGCUAGGAGAUCAUAGAUCUCACUAAGAGGAAAGUUUAUAAAACAUAUAAACUACAUAAUUAACCUCUGUUUGCAUCCAUACCAACAAAAAGACAACAAUAAACUAAGAACAUAUUAAUAACUACUAAAGGAAAAAAGGUGUAUGUUUAAUGCUGCUGUUUAAAGAAUGAAGAAGCAUAUCAUCUGCCCUUAAACCUCUUCUCCUUAUCUACAGACAUAUAUAUGGGAUAACUACAAAGGACAUUUUCUGUUUCUUUAUAGAAGUGUAGAAUAAAGAAAGAUAAAUAAAUGAGGAAGAUAAUUAAAUCAGUAGAUCAGGAAUUGUUUCUUUGACUUUUCGCACAAGUAACCAUUUAUUUACCAUUAAUAAAUUUGUUAAUGACUAUAUCACAUUUAGCUAUUGUAACCAUGACAACUAAUGUUACACUAAGUUAUUUGCUGGGUAAGUGGUGGGCUGCAGACAAGUAAUAGCAACAUUUGUUUUAUGUCAAGCAGCAAAAAUUACUUUUGAGCCGGCAGAAAGUAAAGGUGAGCAUCAUUUUGUAAUUAACAAUAAUAAAGAAAGUAUAACGCAGACAGCUACUGGGAACCAAGGCCAUAACACAAUAUUGAAACCUGCAGUAGAACAUCCAUAAAAAGCUUAUACUGCCAGAUAUUACAGUUAUUAAUACAAACCAGUUCAAAAUGCCAGUUUCUACCGUUCCUACAACAUACAUGUUAAAAGUUGUAAAUGCUCAUAUCCCUUUAAAGCACAAUAUAAAAAGUAAAAAUUGAAGGGUAAGGGAGUACCAAAGUAGAAAAUCUCCUGAAUGGGGGUUAUCCCCUAGUGCAAGAAUAUUUAAUAUUGUGCCGCCAGGCAAAUUAUUGUACCGCUUCAUCUGCAGCGGGUUCACUUAUUGGAUUGAAAUAAUCCCUACAAUUACACUAUCUCCGUAUUAACGGAGACGAGUUAGAACAAGUUAUACUAAUUAGUGUUCUUAAUGUGUGCUCUUGUGGUUUUACUUUUUUAGUAUUAAAAGUUAAGUUUUAUGUUUAAAGUGGUACACACUAUUUGUACCACUGACUGUCACCCUACCUUUUAAUGGACUUACACUCUUCAGGACACUCUAUCAUAAUUCCUUUUCUCCUGUUUUUUACAAUAUAAAGGUAGCAUCCCUCCCAUCAAAAAAAACAAAAACAAAAAAACCCUAAGCCUCCUUUCAUUAAAGAAGGCUGAAGUCACCUUACCACGGCCCUUAUUCCAAUACCCAGUAUGUGGAGGCUUGUAUUCAGCCCCUCAGCAGUUAAUCUGAUAGCAAGCAGAUGUUGCAAAAAGAGGAAUCAUUAAGUGCUCAAAAUAUUUUGUGUGUUGUGUGUGUGCCUAAAUUGCAUAUUUUAGUCAUCCAUAGUGUGUUUGAUUGUCGGAUGAAGCAGAUGCUUUGUAUAAAGGUAGUAAAUCUAAUAAAAUACUUUGUCUUAGUAUAUUUCCCCCAUGGUCCUGUAUAUACUUUUGACUCCCUCUUCAACAAAGGUUUUUUUUUUUUGUUUUGUUUUUUAUGUCUGCUCCAGUGGCUUCUUGUCACCUGAAAUUGUGGUACAUAGUCUUCCCCAGUAUUGUAUAAUUACUGUGAACUAUAGAUGUGACCUCCAUAAUUGUGUUUGCGAUCAUGAUUGUGUUUGUACUGCUGACCUCAUUUACCUACUGUGGUGACAUAACGCUAUGAACUCAAAAUGGAGUCCAUAAGUAAAGCAUUAAUUCAUCCUCCACUCUCACAUAUGUUCCCAAACACCGUAUCAUGAGAACCCCAAGCAAGUUUGAGGCUCACAGGCAAUAUAAUUGGCAACAAUUGUUCAUUUUUUUUAAAACAUCGUUUCAUUGAGUUAGCUAAAGAAAAGGAGAUGAUCUAUAUCCCAACCAGGCUUAGGUUAUUUUUUUGGCAUCACUGCCAUGUAAAAACCAAGUAAUUGUACAGCACAAUUUAUUACUAGAAUAAUAAUAAUUUUUUAAAAACAAUUUAGAACAUUUAUAGAAAUUGCUGAUUCAUGUGUCAGGUUUUAAAAAAAAAAAAAACUUUAUUGAUCUAUGCAACAGAUAUUAAGAUUCUUUUUCAUGGUUAUUAAAUAAAGUGAAAAUUCAAAGUGAGUUUCAAAUUUGAGGACAAAAUAGCCAAACCACAAAAGUAUAUAAGUCAACUACUUUGGCUUUAAAGUGAUACAAUGAGCAAUAAAUCAUUUUAGCCUAAUGAAGCAGUUUUGGUAUAUAGACCAUGUUCCUGCAGUCUCACUGCUCAAUUAUCCACCAUGUAGGAGUUAAAUCACUUUUGUUUCUGUUUAUACAGUCCUAACCAUACUGCCCCAAGCUGUGACUGACACAGCCUGUAGGAAAAAAGGUUUCAUUUUCAGUCAGAUAUUCACUUGCUUUACAAGUUUUUAUCUCCUGCUCUGUAACUUGAACUUUAAGCAUACACAGGAGGCUCCUUCAGAUUCUAGAAGGCUAUUAUCUUAACAGUCCAGGAGAUAAUAAAUUCUAAAUAAAACAGACUGUGCAAUAAAGAAACCUAGAAUAUCUGGGUUUAUUUACAGGAAGUAUUUAGGAAGGCUGUGCAAGUCACAUGCAGGGAGAUGUGACUAGGACUACAUAAACAAAAAUGAUUUAACUCCUAAAUGGCAGUGAAUUGAGCAGUGAGACUACAGUACACCAAAACUACUUUGUUACGUUAAAGUUGCUUUGGUGCCUAUAGUGUCCCUUUAAAUUUGAAGUUCACUUUGAAUUCAUUAUUACUAGUGAAUAGCCUUAUCAGUUUCUUUAUGUACUCUUCCUUCCCUUUUGUAGAACAAUUGAUAUAAUUUGUAUAUUUGAUAUGCAGUUAUGAACUAAUGUUUGUAAAUAUUGAGAGAAAUCAAUGGUUAGAAUAUAAUAUACUUAACUACAUUCAAAAUACACUUAUAAUGAAAAUAAAGAUUUUUUUGAAGAAAUUCAAAUAACUCACAAAUAAAGAAAAAAGGUAGACAGUUCAUCAACAAACCUUGUAUAUCACAAGUUACGAGUAAGUCUCUUUGUCUUAUUUACAACAGACUAAUAAAGCUGUGAUCCCUUGGUGCAUUGGAUCACAGACUUGAAACCGUUCUUAGUUCAUAGGUGAAAGCUGUGCGCAUAUAUUAACAUUUGAUUGGAUUUUGUUAGCCUACCAUACAAUGCUACUACUCACCAAAAGAGUGAUGUGUUUACAACAACCUAUUUCUCAUUUCCAUAUGGGAUGCAUGGUUACUCAUGGAAAAUAUCAUCAUGCUAAUAGGAGGGGGAGCCCAACAAGUGCUAUUUUAUUCAUACUGUCCAAACCUUCAGUUCCACUAAUAUAAGCUUGUUUUAGGUAAUGUGAGAUGACACCAGCAGGGAGAUAAUAGUACGGCCAGUGUUUCGUCUAUUGUCUGUAGCGCCUUCCAAGAAACAUUAGUCCAGUUAUUAAGACAUAGCUGUCCUUUUAGGCAACGCAAGAAAUUUCAUUACACUUAAAUCUGAAAAUACCAUAGAUAAUAGUAAAUAACUGUGACGAGACCAAUCUCGCCACAUUGCAUUGGAGAAGCCUGGUUGCUUGCCUGUUGCCUUUGGAUUAUGGCCCCAUGUUAAAAGCCUUCUUUUCCCCUGCAGAAAAGGCUUAUUCAUGCCUUUCUGCCCGGUGUUCGGUAGAUUCAAUCUACCGAAGUAACGCACGAAUGACUGGACCACCUGGGAGCUGGAGUGUGUCGGCAAUUAACCUCCCAGAAGCUGCGGUUAACCGCGGCUUAAUUGACGAAUGCUGGGUGGCCGCCAUUCGUAUACCGAACACGAGGUCGCAGCCAUUUUAAAAACGCGAACGCACAGCGGUGUUCGACACCCAACUCAUGGAACUGAAAACGGAUACAUUUUGGCGCGAACACCGCUGUAGCCACCGACCUCCCUUCUUAUUCGGUAGACGUGCACGAACGGCCCUAUAUUCGGUAGUUGUACCCGAAUACACCAUACCCCAGAUAGGAAUUCAGUGGAGCUCAUUCGUAUGAAUACUGACUUUGUGAACACUUUGGGUCCACGGCGAUUGAACUGUGUGCAUAGGAUCUGAGCGCUAUUUGGUACUUUGGUGCGCUCAGAUUCUAGCUAUCCGGGGACAUGUUGAAUGCCUGCAAAAUGUUGUAAAAUAUAACAGUUAUGUAUUUUUAUGUCUUUUUGUUAUUGUCAUCUAAAAUGGCGUUUAGGCUCUCUCCUGGGAGAUAAUUGAAUUACUUCACAAUUAUCUCCCUGAGCAGAGCAGAGGGUUCUGGGUGAGAAAAGGGGAAUGGCUAAGUGUGUACCCUGUGAUUGGUUGCUACAAUGUCUUUGUCACAGUCUUCCAUCUGGUCCCCUAGGGGAGUGUCCACCAGGUGGGAGACCUGCAUAAAUACCGGGCAGGUAGCCCUCAUUAAACAGACCACUGCUUGACCCUCAACACGGAGCUCUGUCUCGUUCUUGGGGGGAUUUACUGUAUGAUGAUAUAGACUGAUUGCUAGGAGUGUAAGCCGCUUGGGUGCUUUUCCUAUUCAGCUGCUUGCAGCUAUUCGUGAGGUUCCAGUUCGGGAGUUUGGAGUGCUAUUUUGUAUGCAGUUCGGGAGUUUGGAGCAUUCCCUUACAUGCGGUUUGGGAGUUUGGUGUUCUGCAGUAGCUGUGCCUGUAUCUCUGGGAGGGGAAGAUCUACUAAACAGCGGUUUAACCCCUUUUAUGCUCAGGGUGCCGUUACAAUAACCUUAUGGCAAAUUGUGUUUUUUAAAUAAUCAUAAUCAAGUGAUGAUGCACAUAUUUAAUGAAUAAUUGUUUAUGAGCACCAGCUGUGGGGCACUUUCAGCAGGUAUCAAAGAAACUUACAGUCAAGAUCAAUUGUAGAUUAUCUGUGGUUUACCCAAACUGGGAUCAGAAAUAUUUAAUUUUGGUGGGAAAAAAUCACCAAAUGCCAUUUCUACUACAAGUCGCUUUAGUGUAUACCCUGUGUGUUUGAGUCUAUAGAAGUUGUAUAAAAAGUGACGCACACUGCCUCGUUAUAAAACUUUUAAAACACAAUACAGGCAUUUGCAACAUUAAUGCCACUAGUAGUUAUCUGGAAAAGUGCUGUUAAAAUGGUAACAAAUUCUAGCACAAAAUACAUAAAAAUAAAAACUAAGCACUAGACUGUGACAAAAUGAAAAGUCAUAAUUAUCCGUCACAAUCACAGUAGUGAAAACACUUCUACCGCAACAAAGCUAUAGAAUGGGAAAAAGUGGGGUUUUUUUUAUACUUCUGUUAGAACGAUGUUUUUUUUAUACACAACUCUACUUUAGGUUUCAUACAUGUAAAUGAAUAUAAAAUGAACAAUAAUCUUAAAAGCAAAUUAAUUAGUGUAUAAAGGGCAAGAAACUAUUUACCUAAAGAAAACAGAUAUAACUAUUCAGAUCCAGAAUAUAUAUAUAGUAGAAUGAGCCUUUUAAUGUAUUUUAUGAUUAUUUUAUUCAGUGUGCUUAUAUUUUGUAUUUUAUACUGUACAGUUAUAUUAUCUUUUUCUGUCUUCCCUACAGAGUGAGAAAAUCCAUCCCACAAAACCAGGAUUGCUAAACGUGCAAUUACUAAAGGUGAUUAUGGAGAAGAAUUUUAGGAGUCACACUGGGUCACAAGAGAAGAGACAACAUGUAUAAUAUUAAUUAUAAAACACAUUAUAUACCAUAGAUAACAAUGUAUUCUACAAGAGAACUGAGGACAUACUGGAGUGUUCUAGGGAGAGGUACGAUCUAUAGAGUAUAAGAAUGUGCUACAAAUAUUCUGCAUUAGGAGUUACUGACCAAUUUCAGGUGCUAUAGAAGUUGUAGGAUUUGUAUACAGGAAACACAAAGGAGAACAGGCAAUUGGCAAUAGAAAGAGUUACAUGAAUGGAUGGACAGUGUCAGACAGUCAGACCUGUGACUACUAUACUGAAGAUUUAGUGCACAGAAGAUGUGACUGCUCUCUGUGAUGACUUUUCUCUGUCAUGUUAAUCCAACCUGGACCUCCCACCACGGGAGCGCUCAUCCAUAUGACAUCCUACUGAAAGAAGCUGCAGCUUACAAGUGAUUUCAGGAUUUCAAGGGGUCUGAGCCAUGGAUAAAACUCCAGUCUUGCUCUCUACAAGGAUUAAAGGUUUUACUCUGCUAUUAACUCAUUUUCUGCCUGAAAUUGAAAGCAGGCAUUCCUGAACCCCUAGGCAGUUACAUGUGAAGUAGGGUCUGGUAAAUAAAGUGUCAAUGUUAGGACAUAAGCAAAUGCCAUUUAUGCAACAAGACAAGUUCUGAUUCCAAGUGCCAUUUUAAUCUACCCCAUACAAUAAGAGUGAUCAAAAGGUAGAUAUCCAGAGGAGGCACAGUCCAUAUUUUGGAUCCAAAUCCCUCUGCCCAUGUUUUAUAUCGUAAUGCUCCUCUCUUCUAGAAGCUCCACAUUGUUGGUGUGUCUAAGUGUAUAAAAGAGCUCUACAGAAUUAAUACUCACAGUAAUGUGUCUUUAAACUACAAUAAAUGAGUUUAGAAAUCAGUCUGUGAGCACAAGAUACAUUGUUCUUGUGCUAAAUGACAUUUUCGUUUCAUAAACAUUUAUAAGUAAGUCACCAAAAAUGGCUCAGAACAUAACAUCCCCUGGCCACACCCCCACUGACACUCUUAAAAUGAAAGUGUCCCUUUUUUGUCCACUUAAAAUCCUGGUAGGUGUGCCAGAUGUUGUAGAACUACAGCUCCCAUAAUGCUUUGCCAGCUUCAAAGCAACAUAGUAGUAGUUGCUCUACAAAAAUCUGGGGAUCCACCUUUUGGCCACCCUAACAUACAGCCUUUUUAAUGGUACUUGUAAAUGCGUAGCACAACAUAUUGUGCAUUUAGCUUUUUAGAAGAAAUAGCACAAUUAAAAUGCAAUGGGGAUAUUGACCUUUACCAUGCAUGAGAUGGUAAAACAAGGAGUCGAACAACUAAGUGCUUUCAUAUGAAAGGAAAAUUCAUGAAGCACUUGGAAGCAGCCAUAAACUCACUAGUAGUUAGUACAUAAAAACUCCAAUUAACCAGCUAAUUAUGUGCUGAAAAGCAUCUGGUCUAAUGACACAAGAAGCCGUAAAGACGAGGAGUCCAUAAAAGAGCGAGAAGUUCUUAGCCAUAACGUGGAACCAUCUUUAAGCAGUUUGUCAAUUUAAUUGGCUAAUCUAAUUAACUAGGCAGAACAAAAGUCUUUCUUUGUUUCCUCCAAAUAUACACAUUCUGGUUUACCAAACACAAUGAGAGAUACAAACACAUAAGAGAGAGAAGUGUAAUUGAUUAAAUAGACUGUUUAUUUUACACCCUCAGGUAUGAGGCCAAAGAUAGCAGUGCCAGAUCAUACUUGACAAGCACAGGCUUAACUGGAGGUAUGAAGAAGAGAUCGCCAUGUUUAAAGAACACUGGUGGGAACAUUUAUAAGGACUAUUUUGAUUGCAAAAUAAGAGCAGUUUUGGGGAAUUUUUUUUAAAGUUGAGCAAUUACAAUGGAAUCCAAUGGAUUGGUCUUACUGAUUACUCUCCUUUAGAAUUAUGCUCCCGAAUCGGACAUUAGAUAUAAUUAUGUAUGGACAGAUAGCAAGAGAAAUAUAGGCCAAAAGAUUAGAUGUAAUGAAGAUUGAGGUUAAUAAUCCCCAUUGUGUAACAAGCUAUCUAAAACAAAGUAGGGGAACAUUUCACAAAUUGCCUUUUCUUAUCCAACACAAAGGCGAUAGAUAUUUCAACAAACCAUCAGCCUGAAUAAGGUAUGCACUUACUAGGACAAACAUAGGCAGCAGUUUUUAAACUGCAAUCUUUAAAUUCUAAGCUAGAAUGGUGGGAGUCACAGGACGACAAACACUCGGUUUCCACACAUCUUGUUUCAGUUCAUUGAUUUAAUACACAUAAUUCAUAAUCAAAGUCCUCCUUUUAAAAUCACUUAGAAAUGGAAAUUGACUUGCCUUCUCUGUUACAUUGCAAGAUCUAUGAAUUUUAGAUUUUUCCAUCGAAAACGCACACUUCCCUUUUUUUUGAGAGAGUUUAGGUUACUGUCCUGUCAAAACAAUACUUGAGUUCUUGAGACGAUUCCACAUCACACCUUAACUCAUAGCUAUGACAGCCUCGAACCAGUUGGCAUAUUAAUAAGCAUUAACCAUAGAAGCAGACAUGAAGGUCAUAUAAUUGUAGAAUUAUUGGAAGAACUGUACUAUUCGACCGUGGGUGACACAAAAGCAACAUUAUUGGCAUUGAGUAUAUCAUAUGCCAUUUAGGAAAAAGAAUACUUCUGUUAAAAAUAUAAUUGUCUACCAAAUUCUUUGUUCACGCAUCAAAGUGCAAUUAUUUUGCAUAAUGAAUAGCUUAUUAUUGGAAGCUGUGGAAAUUUAAAGAAACUGGGGCACUAAACUCUAACCCAAAAAUGUAACUCUGCCCCCUGGCUUGUUGUUUUUUCUCAUUUACCCCCAUGUAUUCAAACCCUGAUCCAAUGAGAGGUCAUGUUCUGUACAGCACCAUAAACCUUCAGGAAACAACUAAUAGUCUAAAGAGGUCAAACUCCACCCCUGAUGCUGUUAGCCAAUGGCAGCCCAAAGAAGACUAAAUAAUAUGCAGGUCAGUCCUUUAUUGUGUCUGGGAUCAGAUGACCCAAUGCAAAACUAAUGGGUGAUGUCAGAAAUCCAGACUAAGGAUAUCUGAGAGGUCUAUACCAAACAAAAUUGGUAAUUUUUGAAAAAUACUCAAAAUCUUGACAAGAUUAGUUGUCUAACCUAUUAGCAUUAUCUCCUGCCAUCAAUGAGGUGGAAGAGGGGGGUGGGGGGUGGGGGGGAACUACAGAACUAAUGGCAGACAUACCCUUUUUUUCCUUCUAAAGAACACUUAUCAUUAGACCUUACCACCACAAUAGAUUUGAAUUUUAUUUAUUGCAACAAAAACUGGAGGUCACUGUCCUACCUGUCGAUACUGGUGUCCUCAUGCUCUCUUUAACACAGACAAUCUUUACAAAACAGUACACUCCAACAUGUGUAUUGUGUUAUGAACAUUAACAGAAACAAUUCUAAAAACAGAAAACUACAAGGUCCCUAUUAACCCCAUAAGGACACAUGACGGAAAUAUUCAGUUUGAUUCCCUUUGAUUUCUGAAGUUGUGUCCUUAAGGGGUUAAUAUCUCCAUCUCAACAUUUUUCUAGUUUUUUGAGAUUUGUUCCUGCAAUGGUUACAUUUCUGAUUGAAGAAGACAGCACUAAAAUUUCCUUGUAGCUUAUUGCUUCCGAACAGAUUCAGAAAACUAUUUUCAGGGCAUUAACUAGUUUAUAACAUCACAUGGGAUCUGCAUAGUUCCCCAGAAUGCAAAGUAAGCAGUACCUGUGAUGAAUGAAAACAAACCAUGUUCACUUUAUGGUAUUUGCUUCUGUGUAUUAAAUGAUGAGAACCACAUAAGAGUACAUGAGGUUGGAAUAUGGCAGUGCACUUCUGAGGCCCAUGUAUUCACACUAUUGGCAUUGACAGUGGAUAUUACUCCAUCUUGGUAUUUUUAGCAGAGAAAAUCACUAGAGAGCUUAUCGUGGUAUCCAAGGACAUUUGCAGAUCUUGAAUAAGAAGGUCUAGUUUUCAAACUGGCUAGCUUUAUGCUAGGACAUCCCAUUGUGAAGCCUCCCAUAAAGGGAGGUACGCACAGCAGUUUUCCUACAACAGACACCAGCACUAUAGACUCACGUUGUAGGUCACCUUAGUAAAUGGGGAAAAAAAUACUGUGAAGUGGAUAGUGGUAAUAAACAAAGAGGUGGUGACACGGGAUUGUCCACUGUCUGUCAUUUUGUCAUGCUAAGCACUGCAGUCUAAUUAGACCCUCUUUUCACUCACUCAUCUCUUGUAACUCGAAAGUGCUAAACAUUCUGGAUUAGGCUGAAAUGCAAACAGCAAUAAAAGCAGAUGCUCACAGUCCCUCGGAGCUCAUUUGUAUGCCUUUAACCUGGUGAUAGACAUUCCCACUAAGUCUGGUUCGUGGGAAAUGGGGGAAUGUGUCACUUCCUCAUCAUGUUCUAUCCAUCUAUAUGUUAAUGACAGAUCUGUACAAAGUAAUGUGACUAGAUAAGGGCUGUAUUGGAAUCAGCCUAGCUUCAUUCAUUUCUCAAGCCCUUCUCAAUACAAAAGUCACUCAUCGUCAAGAUUAUAUUUUUCACCUUAAAUAUAUAUAUAUUUUUUAUAUUUAAUAUAAUGUAUAAAAAUAGUUCACCUUUAUAUAUUUAUAUAAAU